CUUCGCACACGACCGACGUCUUGCAUGUUCCUCUUGGCUCGGGGAUGCCCGCUGCCUUCGCCUCCUGAUUUCACAUUUGACUUUGCUCGUUUCCGAGUGUUCGACUCCCGACGCUGCCCCGCGCGACCAUGGAGCAGCGACAGCAGCAGCAGCUGCAGCAGCAGCAACAGAUCUCGUCCCGCACGGAGCAGCGCUUCAGCCGGCAGGUCACCAGCACGCAGCAAGUGCAAGGAAUGGUGAUGCAGUCUUCGCCACAACUUACGUUCGGUAACAGGCCAGGAGAUGUCUCACCCCCAGUCUUCGAACAGAUUUUCCGAAAUGCCCGCUUUGCACAGGGUGGUAAUGCCCUCUUUGAGGGUAAAGUCCGGGGUAAUCCGAAGCCUGUUGUUUCAUGGACAAGGAAAGGCGCUCCCCUUCUUGAAUCAAACAAAUAUAAAAUGAAAUAUGAUGAACAGACUGGAAAUGUUUCAUUGCUCAUCAAUGCAAUAGGACCAGGAGAUGAAGGGGAGUACACAUGCACUGCACGAAAUCAGUACGGUGAAGCUAUCUGUUCAGUUUACAUACAACCUGAAGGUCAGGGGCAGAUCAUACAGCAGCCUCCAGGUGGCUACCAGAGAGAGUUUACUCAGACAAUUGAAACCUCUGAACAGCGAACAACACAGCAGCGAUUUCAGAAACAGACAACAGGAAAAAUUUCAUAUGCUAAUGGACACAUUGUAGAAGAGGAUUUUAAAGUGGACACAUUUGAGUACCGGCUUCUCCGUGAAGUUGAGUUUCGUGAAUCAAUAACACGGCGCUUUGUUGGAGAAGUUGACAGAGAGAUCAGUACAGUUAUUGAUCGAUCACUGGGACCUGUUGCACCUCCACAAAUAGCACAGAAACCACGAAAUUCCAAACUCCAGGAAGGUACCACAGCGACAUUCCAGGCUAAAGUUCCAGCCAACCCACGUCCAAGGAUUACAUGGUUUAAGAAUGGACAGCGCAUCACUCAUUCCCAGAAGUAUGAAAGUAGUUACUCAAACCAACAAGCUGUUCUUAAGAUUAACUCUCUCCAGUCUGAAGAUUCUGGACAUUAUACUCUCCUGGCGGAGAAUCCUCAAGGAUGUGUUGUAUCAUCUGCUUACUUAGCUGUUGAAUCGUCUGCGACUCAAGAUGGACUUGAUCAGAGGGGAAGAGUUCCUCAUACAGAACCUUCUGAGGGCACAGAGGCAGGGAAGGCUCUCGCACCUAACUUUGUGCGGGUUUGUAAUGAUCGUGAUGUUACUGAGGGUAAAAUGACACGUUUCGAUUGCCGAGUGACUGGCCGACCUUACCCAGAAGUGGCGUGGUUCAUCAAUGGGCAUCAAGUCAGUGAUGAUGCAACCCAUAAGGUGUUGGUCAAUGAAUCAGGCAACCAUGCUCUCAUGAUAACAAAUGUGAGCAUUUCAGAUGCUGGAGUAAUUACCUGUGUAGCCCGCAACAAGGCUGGAGAGACUUCCUUCCAGUGCAAUUUAAAUGUAAUAGAGAAAGAACAAGUUGUAGCCCCAAAAUUUGUGGAACGAUUCAGCACAGUACAUGUGAAGGAGGGGGAGCCAGUGGUAUUGAAAGCCCGAGCUGUUGGCACUCCCAUCCCUCGCAUUUCAUGGCAAAAGGAUGGGGUCCCCCUGGCGCCGGGACCUGAUGUAAACAUCCACACAGACGGUGGAGCCUCGACACUGGACAUCCCGCGAGCCAAGGCGUCGGAUGCGGCCUGGUACCAGUGCACCGCUCAGAACGUCGCAGGCUCCACCGCCACACGUGCUCGUCUCUUUGUCGAGACACCUAAGGGCGCCACACCUCCUCCCCGUCGUCUUAAUUUACCACGACCGACGAAGGUCAUUGAACCUGAACCAGAGCCAGGGCCUGAGGUAAUCUAUUUACGCCAUGUGGAGCGUGCAAAGCCUCACAUGCCUUUGCCAGAAGAAGAGCGUAUCUACCCACCACCACAAUUUAUUAUUCCACUGAACAAUGCUCAUCAGGUUGAGGGAGGACGUGUACAUUUUGAGGCUCGCAUUGAGCCUGUUGGUGACCCAAGCAUGAAAGUUGAGUGGUUUGUGAAUGGCAGACCUCUGGCUGCAAGUUCUCGUGCUACAGCUACAUUUCAGUUUGGUUUCAUCGCACUUGACCUGAUAAGCAUUCAGCUGGAGGACAGUGGAGAAUAUGUUUGCCGUGUGUCAAGCAAUUCGGGAUCAGUUGAAUCUCAUGGUCUGCUGAGUGUAACAGGCCGAGUUGGCAUCGAACAAUCUAGUCAGCACCCCGACAGCCUGCAAUACAUCCAACAUUUGGAAGACUACUCACGCUAUCAGCGUACAGAGAGUAUAGAAGAAGUCUCGUCUCAACGGCCUAACUUCAUUCGACCACUUCAGGAAUUAGGAGAGCUACAAGAGGGCCGAAAUGCCCACUUUGAAGGACAGCUCACUCCCGUCAGCGACCCCACUAUGAGGGUGGAGUGGUUCAAGGACGGGAAACCGAUCACAGCAAGUUCUCGCAUUACCACCAUCUUCAACUUCGGUUAUGUCUCCUUAAAUAUAUUGCACCUACGGGCUGAAGAUGCUGGUACAUACACCGUGCGAGCUGUGAACAGAACAGGCGAGGCUAUUAGUUCUUCUACUCUCAAAGUUCAAGCACGCACUAGCGUGACAGCAGAUCUCGGUAUACCAGAGCAGCAGAGAUAUAUUGAGAAAGUUGAAGAACUGGAAGCUUAUCAGCAGUAUCUGCAAUCACAGCGAUAUGUACAGGAACCUCCAGAGAGCACAGCACCUCCUGAAUUUAAGUCACCGAUUAAAGACCAGCUGAAUAUCAGGGAGGGUGGAUUUGCUCAUUUUGAAGCUCGUCUUGAGCCUAUUGGUGACUCUACUCUACGAGUGGAAUGGCUAAAAGAUGGAAAACCAGUUGAAGCCAGUUCACGAAUCACAAGUUUUUUCAAUUUUGGAUAUGUGGCAUUAACAAUUAAAUCAGUCACAACUCAUGAUAUUGGCACUUACUCAUGUCGUGCAAUAAAUACUCUGGGAGAGGCUGUAACAUCAGCUAAGUUAACAGUUGUUAGUAAGAAAGACAUCAUUAUGGACAGUCAACACCCAGGAGGCCUUGAGAAAAUACAGUAUCUGGAAGACACAAGUCGCUAUGGCCGAAGCCUUCAAGAAGAGACUACUGUCACAAAGAAACCAAUGUUUCUUGGUCCACUGAAGGGUACCAACAAAAUUGUGGAAGGUCAGAGGGCCCACUUUGAAGCCCGAGUGGAGCCUCAACAUGAUACAACAUUGCAGAUUGAGUGGUAUUUCAAUGGGAAGGUAAUUAUGACUGCUAACAGAAUCCAGACAUAUCAUGAUUUUGGUUAUGUGGCAUUAGACAUUCUUGCUGUCCGUGCUGAAGAUGCUGGUACCUAUACUGUGGUUGCAAGAAAUGCCCUUGGUGAAGCACAGUUAUCAGCCAGUAUGGUUGUCGAGACUCGCUCAAGCAUAGACACCACAAGUAUGCAUCGUGGCACAUAUGAAAAGACACAACGCCUUGAAGACUCAAAGUUUAUUGAACCAUCAUAUCAUAUUGAAGAAAUCUCAAAAUCGAAACCAAUCUUUGUACAGCCUCUGUCAGACCCAAAACCCAUAAGUGAAGGCAAGAAUAUUCAUUUGGAAUGCCGUCUGGAGCCUAUGGGAGAUCCAACAAUGCGUGUUGAAUGGUUCUAUAAUGGAAGACCAAUCACAGUUGGAUCACGCUUUAGAACAUACUAUGACUUUGGAUAUGUGGCACUAGACAUCGUGCAGGCCACUUCUAUGGAUUCUGGUGAAUACACUGUGCGAGCAACAAAUCAUCUUGGAUCUGCACACACAUCAGCAUGUGUGAGGGUAAUCAGUCGCUCAGAUAUUUUAACGGAAACACAGAAUGAAUCAGCUCUUGAACAGAUCCAGUAUUUAGAAGAUGCCUCUCGACACCGAAGAACAGUAACAGAAGAUGUUACAGUGGUUCAAGCUCCACAAUUUACUCGACCAUUACAUAACAUUGAAACUGUUGAAGGCACAAACAUCCAUCUGGAGUGCCGCCUUCAGCCUGUUGGAGACCCUACAAUGAGAGUUGAAUGGCUUGUCAAUGGGCAGCCUGUCAAGACAGGACAUCGCUUCCGACCAGCAUAUGAUUUUGACUAUGUGGCUCUAGACUUGCUGAGUGUAUAUCCUGUGGAUUCAGGUGUUUACACAUGCGUGGCUCGCAAUCAGCUCGGUGAAGCUGUUACUUCAUGUUCAGUUAAAAUCAUAGCGAAAAAGGAUCUGAUUCUGGAAACUCAACAUCCAUCUGGGCUGGAAAAAAUUCAGUAUUUGGAGGACACAUCACGUUAUCGAAAGACAGAGUACAUGGAUGAAGUAGUGAAUGUGCGCCCACGUUUCAUCACAAAGCCCAAAAAUUUAGAUAACAUGCGUGAGGGUCAGCAUGCACACUUUGAGUGUAAGCUUGAACCAGUGACUGAUCCAAACCUGAAGGUGGAGUGGUACAAGAAUGGGCGUCCAGUUACUGUAGGUCAUAGGUUUCGGCCCAUUCAUGAUUUUGGGUACGUUGCUCUGGACAUCAUAGACCUUAUUGCUGAGGAUUCUGGUACAUAUACAUGCCGUGCAGUAAAUUUGCUUGGAUCUGAUGAGACCACUUGUGUUCUUAAUUGCAGAAGCACUGCACAGAUAUUGACAGGUACUCAGAAUGAGACAGGACUUGAGCAGAUUCAGUAUCUUGAAGAUAAAUCUCGUUAUCAGCGUUCUGAAUAUAUUGAAGAGACUACAAAGCAAGCACCAAUAUUCACUACAUCUCUGAAGCACAUGGAGAUCAAAGAAGGCCAGAGGGCACACUUUGAAUGCCGCCUUAUACCUGUUUCAGAUCCCACAAUGAAAGUUGAAUGGUUCCACAAUAAUGUCCCAGUGAAGUCAGGUUCUCGAUUUACUGAGACAAAUAACUUUGGUUUUGUUGCAUUGGACAUAAUGUACUGCUAUCCAGAAGAUUCUGGAACAUACACAUGUCGCGCCAAGAAUAUUGUUGGUGAAGCUAUGACAUCUGCCAAUCUGACCUGUAUCUCAAAGAAAUCAAUUUAUAUGGAAACACAACAUGAGGAAGCAUUAUCAAAACUGACAUAUUUGGAGGAUACCUCUCGUCAUCAGCGACAGACAGUCCAGGAAGAAGCUGUGACCCAGGCACCGAUGUUCACACAGCCAAUGAAGGAUGUCCGUGUAGCUGAAAAUCAGGCUAUGCACUUUGAGGCGCGACUUAUACCUGUAGGAGAUCCGAAGUUACGCGUUGAGUGGCUUCGAAAUGGCGUUCCAAUACAAGCAUCAAAUCGUGUGACAACUAUGCAUGAUUUUGGAUAUGUUGCACUGAACAUGAAGUAUGUUUACCCCGAGGACUCAGGCACCUACACUUGCCGUGCUAUCAAUGAACUUGGACAAGCAGUCACUUCAGCAACACUUGUUGUUCAUUCCAAAGCAUCGUUGCUUCUGGAGAGCCAACAUGAGGCUGCACUGCAGAAACUUCAGCAGCUUGAAGAUACAUCACGGUAUCAACGGCGUGAAGAGGAGGAGAUUAUUGUAACUCAGCCACCAAAGUUUACAGCUCAACUUAAUGGACCCACAGAGCUAAUUGAAGGUCACAGUGCUCAUUACGAAUGCCGCAUUGAACCAUAUCCAGAUCCCAACAUGCGUGUUGAAUGGUUCCACAAUGGAAAACCACUACAACUAGGUCACCGUUUCCGGACUACUUAUGACUUUGGAUUUGCUGCACUUGAUAUACUUACUGUUUAUCCAGAAGAUUCUGGAGAAUACACUUGCAAAGCAACAAAUAAAUUGGGGCAGGCUUCAUCAUCCAUAAAAGUUAAUGUCAAAUCCCGUUCAUCAAUCAUUUUGGACACCCAACAUGAAGGCGCAUUGCAAAAGAUUCAGUAUUUGGAGGAUGAUUCCCGCUACAAACGUGCAGCUGUUGAAGAACAGGUGAUAGCUGAAAAACCACAAUUUGGACGGCCAUUACGAAAUAUUGAUCGAUUGCCUGAAGGACAGAGUGCUCACUUGGAGGCUACACUUACACCAGUCAAUGACCCUACAAUGCGUGUUGAGUGGUUCUGCAAUGGCAGACCCAUUCCUCAAGGUCAUCGUUUCAAGACAACUUAUGAUUUUGGAUAUGUGGCACUUGAUAUCCUGUAUGCAUAUGCUGAAGAUUCAGGCACAUAUAUGUGUAAGGCACGUAAUGCAGUUGGAGAGGCUGUUACUACAUGCUCUGUUACUGUUGAAGCUAAAUCUGGCCUCUACUUGGAUACUCUUGAUGAAAACCGCUUGAAGAAAAUAAAAGACCUGGAAACAUUUGAGAGGCCUCAAAAACCAGAAGUUGAACCUGAAAUGCAAAAGCCUGUGUUCAUUACUCCACUUGUCAGCUUAGAAAAUCUGAAGGAAGGUGAACAUGCUCAUUUGGAAUGUCGUGUAGAACCUAUAAAUGAUCCUAAUCUCAAGAUUGAAUGGUUUGUGAAUGGAAUUGCCAUAAAAACAGGUCACAGGUUCCGUACUACACAUGACUUUGGUUAUGUUGCUCUUGAUAUUCUGUACACAUAUGCAGAGGACUCUGGAACUUAUAUGUGUAAAGCAACAAAUUUGGUGGGAGAAGCUGUGAAUACUUGCCAGAUAACAGUUGGAGCUCGCCGUAGUAUCUAUUUAGAAUCUCAGCAUCCUGAAGGCUUACAGAAAAUCCAAGAACUUGAAGCACAAGGUCGGCCUGCUCGACUUGAAGUGGAGGAACCUGAAGUCACCCCGCCACGUUUUGUAACAGAACUUAGGGGCACAACAGAAAUAUUUGAAGGGCAGACAGCACACUUUGAAGCCCAAGUGGAACCUCUGCAUGAUCCAAAUCUGCGUAUAGAGUUUUAUCACAAUGGUAAACCUCUUCCUUCAGCAUCACGCUUCCAUAUCACUUUUGAUUUUGGUUAUUUGGCACUUGAUAUAACCCAUGCUGUUCCUGAAGAUGCUGGAGAAUAUACUGCCAAGGCCAUCAAUGCCCUUGGACAGUGCACUUCUACAAUUACUUUACGUGUGACAGCUAAAAGCAACAUUGUGCUCGAGUCCCAGCGACCAGAAGGAUUAGAUAAAAUUCGAGCCUUGGAGCAGCAUGUCCCAUACCAGAGGCCAGAGGUUCCAGAGCCAACUAGACAAAGGCCUGUGUUUACACAGCCUUUACAGAAUAUUGACUCUAUAGCGGAAGGGCAGACGGCUCACUUUGAAUGCAGACUGAUACCUGUUGGUGAUCCCACACUCAAAGUGGAGUGGUUCCGUAAUGAGAAACCCCUUGAAACAAGCUCAAGAAUUACGAAGACACAUGACUUUGGCUAUGUGGCAUUGGAUAUGACACAUGUUAGGGCUGAGGAUGAUGGUGUGUAUAUGUGCAGGGCUUCAAAUGCUCUUGGUGAAGCUGUGACAACAGCAUCUAUGAAAAUAAAAACAAAGGCGGACAUACAACUGGAAACUCAACAUCCUCAAGGCAUGAAACGAAUUCAGCAAUUAGAAGAAGGGAAAGCACCAGCACGGCCAGAACAACCAGAACGUGAAUUUGACAAACCCAUCUUCACACAAGUGCUCACAGGUCCAUCUGAACUGUGGGAGGGACAGCAUGCACAUUUUGAGUGUCGUGUUGUACCAGUAGGUGAUCCAAAUAUGCGAUUUGAGUGGUACAUUAAUGGGACAGAGCUGAAAUUAGGAUCUCGCUUCCAUGUCACACACGACUUUGGUUAUGUGAACUUGGAUAUUAACUCUGUAAUUAGUGAAGAUUCUGGAGUCUAUAUGUGUAAAGCCAUAAAUAAAGCUGGGGAAGCAGUGUCUUCAAUAUCACUGAAAGUAAAAACACGUUCAUCAAUUAUUGGAGAUACUCUUCAACCUGAUGCAUGGCAAAAGAUUCAGCUGAAAGAGGCAGAAAUGAAUAAAGUUCCUCCACAAUUUGUAGAUACAGCACCUCAACAAGCACCUGUUUUCACAACUCAUUUGACCAGCCAUGAUAAACUCGUAGAAGGUCAAAAUAUUUUAUUGGAGGCACAAGUGGAGCCACGCACAGAUCCAAACCUUCGAGUUGAAUGGUUCAAGAAUGGAAAACCACUUGCUACUGGCACUAGACUUAGGACUACAUUUGACUUUGGCCAUGUCAGUUUGUCUGUCACUGGAUUACGAGCUGAUGAUUCAGCCAUUUACACCUGCAAAGCCACAAACUUACUGGGAGAGGCUGUAUCAACUUGUACUCUCAAAGUUGAAGAUCGACACUGGCUAUUAGCUGGAUCACUUCGUCCUGAGGCCUUACCAAAGAUUGAAGCUCUUGAAGAACCAAAGGCUGGUCGUCCUGAAGCUCCUGAGCCUACUUAUGAAUCACCAGUGUUUAUUACCCACUUGAAUAACGUUGUCUGUACUGAAGGCGAGAGUGUUCACUUUGAAUGCCAUGUGGAACCUUCAAAAGAUCCAACACUCAAUAUCGAAUGGUUCAUAAAUGGCAAGCCAUUGCCCACUGGUGCUCGCUACAAAUCCACUUAUGAUUUUGGGUAUGUGGCUCUGGAUAUAAUUCAUGCUUAUGCAGAGGAUUCUGGAGUGUACAGCUGUAAAGCCACAAAUAGCAAGGGACAGGCUGCAACAUCAGGAACUCUGAAAUGCACAAGCAAGCAAGACAUCUUCUUGCAGACACAACAUCCACAGGGUGAAGCAGGCCUUGAGGCUGUGCGUGAGGCGGAAGGAGCAUACUUAUCAAAAUAUCAGAGGCAGCCUCUAGCUCCUGAAAAAGAUUAUCCAAAGCCAGUAUUUGUGGUGCCACUUCAAGAACAAGUAACACUGAAUGAAAAUGAAGCUUUGCAUGUUGAGUGUCAAGUUGAGCCGAAGGAAGAUCCAAAUCUCAAAGUUGAAUGGUUCUUCAAAGGAAAGCCUCUUGAACAUGCAACACGUUUCAAGACAACAUGUGACUUUGGCUUUGUCACACUUGAUUUGACUGAUGUAUAUGAAAGGGAUCAAGGAAUAUACACUUGUAAAGCAACCAAUUUAAAAGGAGAAGCAUUUACCUCCACAACAAUAUACUGCAAAGGGAAGGAGACUCUAAUUGAACGUACACAGCACCCAAAAGGAGCUGAAGGUCUGGAAAAAAUCCAGGAUUUGGAAGAAUCACUGAGGAGGCAAGAAGGAGCUCCUCCAGAACCCGAGGAAGGCCAUCCGCCUGUCUUCACCUCACAGUUUCAGGAUCUCAAGAACCUUAGUGAGGGAGAGAUUGCACACUUUGAGGCUUCCCUUACCCCAGUUGGUGACCAGACUAUGACCGUAGAAUGGUUCUAUAAUGGAGAGGUAAUCAAAGCAAGUCACCGCAUUAGAACUGUACAUGCAUUUGGGAUGGUUGUCCUAGAGAUAUUAGGAACUAAAAUUGAAGAUUCCGGCACUUAUACUUGUAGAGCAACAAACAAAUGGGGCCGUGCCGAAAUCAGUGUUGAACUGGAAUGUGUUGACAAGUCAAAGGGUCAGAAACCACACUUUACAACACACAUUCAGAGUCUUGAGAAUCUGAAAGAAGGUGAAUCUGCUCAUUUUGAAUGCACACUAACACCUGUGGGAGAUCCUAACUUGAAAGUGGAAUGGUUUCACAAUGGCGAGCCACUGCGACACUCCUCCAGGAUCAAAUCAGUAUCUGAUUUUGGCUUUGUUGUGAUGGAUAUCUCAUACGUCCAGAGCCACGAUACAGGGGAGUAUGUGUGCAGAGCGAGCAACAAGUAUGGGGAAGACUUUACAAGAGCAACCAUAAAAUGUUCUGGACGUGGUGGUGUGUAUUUGGACAGUCUGCAGCCUGAUGCACUUGCUCGCAUUCGUGAAAUGGAGCUCUCCCAGGGUGGGCAACCUCAGGCUCCAACCACUCCUGUUCUUGAACCACCUGUUUUUACCACACAUAUAUCAGAUGUCACAAACCUGGUUGAAGGGCAAAGUGCACACUUUGAGGCUCGUCUUACACCAGUCAAUGAUCCAAACCUCACAGUUGAGUGGUUUUACAAUGGUAAAAAGCUCCCACAUGGCCAUCGUUACAGAACAUUCCAUGACUUUGGUAUUGUUAUUUUGGACAUCUUAUAUUGUUAUGAAGAGAACUCAGGAGUUUAUGAAUGCCGUGCAGUCAACAAAGUAGGCCAGGAUGUCACAAAAGCAACACUAAAAUGUGUAUCAAAGGCCAAUCUCAUCUUGGAUUCACAGUUGCCUCGAGGGAUGGAAGGUGGAUUGGAAAAAAUACAGAAUUUAGAAGAUUCACACUUAAAGAUGAGAGAUGAAAAAACUACAGAAACAAAAGGCCAAGCCCCUGUCUUUACAGUCCCUCUGUCAAAUGUUGACAACCUUCGAGAGGGAGAGAGUGCACAUUUUGAAGCCAGACUUAUUCCUACAGAUGACCCAAAACUCAAGGUUGAAUGGUUCUGGAAUGGAAAACCGCUAAGGACAGGGUCCAGGUUCCGUACGUUCUGUGACUUUGGAUUUGUGAUAUUGGAAAUUUCUCCAGUGUACCCAGAAGACUCUGGUGAAUACUCAUGUCGUGCCUUCAAUGACUACGGGGAAGCAGUAACAACAGCAAGUAUGAAAGUGCAAGGAAAGAGGAGUAUCAUAUUAGAAUCUCAGUUGCCAAAAAGUAUGGAGCAUACUAUUGAGAAGAUUGCAGAACUGGAAGGUCUUGGAAGUGCUCCAGCUCCAGCCGCACCUGAGGAAGAUUCUGGAAAACCUCCAGAGUUCAUCACUACUCCAAGUGACCUGACACUAACUGAAAAUUCUUUGGCACACUUUGAAUGCCGUCUGAUUCCUAUCAAUGACCCCAGUAUGAGAGUAGAAUGGUUCCAUAAUGGAAAGCCUCUUUGGGCAGGGUCACGAAUCAAGACCAUAAAUGACUUUGGCUUUGUCAUACUUGAAGUUGCUGGUGUAUAUCAGAGAGAUUCUGGUCUUUAUACUUGUAAGGCCACAAACAAACAUGGUGAGGCAACCGUAUCAUGUCAGCUGCAAGUCCGCAGUCGUCAGGGAAUCAUUCUUGAGCCACAAUUACCAACAAAUUUUAAAACGGGCACUGAAAGUAUCCAGAAGCUGGAGGAGGCGUUAUACAAGAAAGAUGAAAUAGUGACAGAAGAAGAGAAACCAAAUCCUCCCAGGUUCACUGUUGAAUUGAAGGAUGUACUCGACGUGCAAGAAGGAGCACCGAUCCAUUUCGAGUGCCGUGUAGAACCGGUCGGCGAUCCUACGAUGCGUAUCGACUGGUUCCAUAAUGGUCGACCAUUUGCCACGGGCUCUAGAGUCCAUAUGCUUAAUGAUUUUGGCUUUAUUGUUCUUGACAUGGAUUACACAUAUGCCAGAGACUCUGGUGAAUACGUGUGCUGUGCCACCAACAAGUGGGGGUCAGCAACAACGAAAGCUACACUCACUUGUAAAGCAAAACGAGACGUUGUGUUGGAAUCACAGUUGCCACAAGGAAUAAGUGGUGAAAAGUUGAAGGAACUGGAGAGAGGACCACUGACAGAGGCUCUCCCUGAAGAGGCGCCAGCAUCACCUCCGAAGUUCAUAACUCAGAUCACAUCAGUGGGCAUUGGUGAAGGUGAACCUGUCCACUUUGAGUGUCGUGUGGAGCCCCGAACAGAUCCAAAGUUACGAGUGGAGUGGUAUCGUAAUGGGAAACCGUUGCCAUCUGGACACCGCUUCCGUACAGUCUAUGAUAUGGGCUUCGUAUCCCUCGAUAUAUUGUACACCUAUCCUGAGGACUCGGGUGAAUAUGUGUGUCGUGCUGUCAAUGACCUUGGAGAAGAUACAACAAAGGCAACAGUGUCUUGCAAAAAGCUGCCAACAAUCAUUCUACAGAACCAGGUUCCUAAGGGAAUGAAAAAGUCUGAAGCCCUUAUGCAGAUGGAAGCCACCAUAAAGAAAUACACAUCAGAAAUUCAUUUGACAGAGGAUGAUCUUUAUGAUCCUGAUAAAAAGCAACCACCAAGAUUUGUAACCCAGAUACAAGAUCAGACAACACUAGUUGAAAUGCAAACUACAAAGUUUGAGUGCCAGCUGGCACCUGUUGGAGACCCAAACAUGAAAGUUGAGUGGUUUCUGAAUGGAAAACCACUUCCUCACAAAAACCGUUUCACACCAAUCUAUGAUUUUGGCUAUGUAGCCAUGAAUUUUGGGUGGGUGUAUCCCGAGGAUAGUGGAGAAUACUUGUGCAGAGCAACCAAUCUGUACGGUAUGGAUGAGACUCGUGCUGUAAUCAGAACUGCUGGCAAACCUGGCAUUAUCUAUGAAUCUCAGUUACCAAAGGGAAUGAAGAGCAUUGAACGUAUACGUGAAAUGGAGGCAGCUUGGCAAAUAGCACCUGAAGAACCAGAAGAAGAAACAAAACCUCGUUCUGCACCAGUUUUUGUUACAAAACCUGAACCAUACACUACUAUUGAAGGAGAACCUGCAAGAUUCUGUUGCCGAGUUACUGGACAUCCCCGUCCAAGGCUUAUGUGGGUUGUUAAUGGGCAAACUGUCGUUAAUGGUACUCGCUACCGACUGACGUAUGAUGGUAUGUGGCACUUGGAUAUUCCCAAGACACGACAAUAUGACCAUGGCAAGAUUGAGAUUAUUGCUCGCAACUCAGUGGGAGAAGCAAUAGCUACUACGGAACUUACUGUGAAAGCACGCAUGGAUGAUUACCGUGGAGUACUAAAGAACUCACCACGACCAUGGUAUGACUAUGAUCUCACUCAGUAUCAGAAAGAGCGCAUUGAACUGGAAAGGGCUCAGCUCCAACAUGUGGACAUCAGUGAACAUCAGAAGAAAGUUUCUACUGAGACUGAAACUGAAUGGCAGCAAACAGUAAAGAAGAAGAAGGGUGAAGAUUAUUAUUCCAAACUGAAAGAGCUUGAAGAAGAGCAAGUAAUCAAGGAAACUCGUUUGCGGGAAGCAUCACAUCAAUUUGCUAUACCUGGAGAAAAAGUUGUGGCCAAAACAGUAGCCAAGGGAAUGGCUCAGAGCUAUGAGCAAAAACUAGAUGAAAAAGAAGAAGAAAAACCAGCCUGGGUAACAUCUCGACGACCAACUAAACAUACAUCAGAAACAGUUGUUGAUUCCAAAACAAUUCCGAGUUUGCCACCUGAGCCAUCAGAGUCAGCUAUUCAUGCACGAGAAGUGCAUGUAGCCAAACAAAAACAAACACAGAAAGAGGUCAAGGGAGAUUUGGAAAUUACACGGAAGAUUACAGCCACAGAAACAACUGAAGUUGAGCAUAAGGCAAAAACGCAAGAACGAGUUGUCCAAGGACCUGUUAAACCUGCUAAGCCUCCAUUUUUCACCAAGAAGAUACAGCCUGUCAGAGUAUUUGAGCAAGAGCAGGCUAGAUUUGAAGUUGAAUUUGAUGGUGAUCCACUUCCAACAAUAAAAUGGUUCAGGGAGGAUUUCCCAAUCCAGAGCUCAGCCGAUCUUCAAAUACACACAUUUGGAACAAAGUCAGUUCUCAUCUUGAGACAAGUGUUUAUGGAAGAUUCUGGUGUGUUCAGGGUUGUAGCUGAAAAUCGUGGAGGAGUUGCUAAGUGCAGUGCAAAUCUAGUAGUUGAGGAAAAGCGACGCCAAGGACGAGGUGGUGUUGUGCCUCCAAGUUUCCUUACUACUAUUGAAAGCAGUGUUGUAAAUUCUGGAACACUUGUGCGAUUUGAUGCUCGUAUAGCGGGCACACGACCUAUUGAUGUCUAUUGGUUAAAGAAUGGCAAACGCAUACCAUCAUCAGAUAUUCGAUACAAGACAUUGGAAGAAGAUAGUGUGAAUACCCUGUUGAUUAUUGAGGCUAUACCAGAGGAUUCUGGAACUUAUGAAUGUGUGGCAAUCAACAGUGCUGGUGAAGCACGUUGUGAGGCUGAAUGUCAGGUUCGGUCACCCACACAACAGAAACAACAGCAGCAACAGCAACAACAACAACAACAACAACAACCAGCAGGAAAUGUAGCACCAGCAAUUAUUGAACCACUAAAGGGACAGGUCGUGAAAGAGGGACAGCCUGUUACAUUUCAGUGCCGAAUUUCUGGCAAACCAGCUCCACAGAUAAAGUGGCAAAAGGCUGACACUGUCAUUAAGCCAUCAAAAUACUUCCAGAUGCAUAAAGAUAAUGACAUAUACACUCUGAAGAUAUCAGAAGCUUUCCCUGAAGAUGAGGGUACCUAUAAAUGUAUUGCUUCUAACCCUGUCGGAUCUGUAACUCUCUCCGCACAGCUGAAAGUUCAAGCUCCUGACUCACAAGAAGUCAUGCCUACCAUUACACCACUGCGAGAUGUCACUGUACCAGAAGGAAGCUCAGCACAGUUCAGGACAAAAGUAAUAGGAAAACCAGUGCCAACUAUACAAUGGUUCCGUGAAGGAGUUCUCAUACCACAGUCGGCAGAUUUUCAAAUGAUACAGGAUGGUGACAACAGAGUGCUGCUCAUCACUACAACAUACGAGGAGGAUUCAGGAACUUUUACAUGCAGGGCAACUAACUCUGCUGGGCAGGUUGAGUCAUCUGCUAAGCUGAUCGUCAAAAGUAAGAAUGUGUUUAAUGUUACUGAACCAGUCAUGAAACUUCAUAUGUAUAUCCUUGUUUGUCAUGAUUUGUUGUGUACUGAAAUGUAUUUCAAGCUUACAUGUAAUUAUAAUUCUGUAUAUGUUCCAAGUGUAAUGUUACAAAAAUUGUUGUGUUCACAGCUGCAAACUGACUUAGAUCAUAUUACUUCUUCCAGACCUGAAUGUGCCCAACAUACAUAUACAUCUAGAAAACAAGCUCUUGGUUUUUAUUUGUGUGUCUACUGGCUCCAGCCUAGUUGUUCUUUAUUCAGUGGUAGGGAAGCAGAUUUUUCUCUUCUGUCUCAAAUAAUUUUAAAAUAUUGUUUAAAAUAUGUGCACCUUUCACCUAUGACACUCAGCAAUAGCUUAAACACACUUUACUUAAGACUAAUUUCACUAACAGCUGCAUACUGUUACCAGUCUUCUGCUUUGUGUUACGUAAAAUGCUGUUUUUAUGUAUACAUCUGCACUGCCAAGGGUGACAUAUUUGUCGGAGACUUAGAAACUGUGGACUGUUUUCAGAAAUGCUCAGCAGACUGUGUGUCACAUAACAUGGAAGUUAUAAUUGCGAUUAGAUGCACAGUGACUAUAAUGAUUGCUGUUCAGUUAGCAGUUUUUAUGUGCAAGGAUUCAUUUGAACAAUUCUCCAAGGUUCCCAUGACUGAAAUUUUACUUUUAAAAAGUGGGGAGUUCUAUCUCAUAGAAUAUUUUGAAGAAUCAGCUAAUGAUAUACAUAUGUCAGAUAUGUUCCAUGUUUUUGAGAAGAAUGAACACUGCCAAGCAGGCAUUUAUUAUCUGUACCUUUUUAUACUCCAGGAUAUGCUAAUUGGGAAGGACACGUUAGCUGACUCAAUUCAGUUUCAUUGUUUUUAUCUCUCAUUUCACACUAGCAAACUAUUGGUAGGAACACUUGGAAAUUUAAAGUACGGAUUUUUGCAGUUGAGACGUUUCUUGGAUGCGAAAAGAUGCUCAAAGACUUUAAUGCUGUUUUUAUCCUGCUUUAGGCGUCUCUUCUUUCUGCCAUUGCUUCUAUUUCAUCAUUUGUCUGUCAAACAAAGGCCCUUGCAUUUUAAUAGCAUAGUUAAUCUGGUUACAGUUCUUCUUUUUCCUUUUUGCUCUGGUUCUUUCUAUGUCUCUUUCUUUCUGGUGCUGCCUUGUCAGGCAGCAAGACUUCAUCAUCACUUUGAUGAAACUUGUGAAGCAGUUCCAUAUAAGCAAAGUGUUGCAAUUAAUUUCAUGAAAUGUGUUUUUAAGAAUUCUGAUUUUACCCACUGUAUUCAUACAUCCACAUUCCAUGUUAGUGGAAACAAAACACUUUUAUGCCCAAAUUAUCCUGUAUUAAAACUACACUCAAAGUAUUCAGAACACAGAUUGGGUAAGAUGAAUUUGUUUGUUUGUAUUCAAAUUGCAACUCUAAGGCUUUGGUAUACAACUACUUUAUCAUCAUCAGAUGAUUCUGAUAUAUCUUCUUCCAGAAGUGCCAGUUUCAAAGAGAGAGUUGGAGGCUAUAUUCUAGAUGUUCCUGAUUUCUAUUCUAAUGUAAAAGAGUACCAUUUCAAUCCCUGUGUAAUGAACACUGGCAUAAUUAUUCAUGAUUUCAAUCUGUAUCUUGACUCCUUCUUUUACGAAGAAUACAUAAGUUACACCAGAUAUAUAUUAUCUGAACUGCUUUAUGAGCUACAAGAUCUAGAGGAACACAUUCAUUUGCCAAGACAAAUGCACACUCACUCGGCUGUACCCUUCAUUAAUUGCACUGUACUUCUUUGUCUAAGAUUGAAAGCAAUACAGUUGAGAGGGAAAGUGUAUCCUACAACUGUAAAUUCACCCUGCAAGCUGAUGCAGAUGGAUGUAUCAGCAGUAGUGUAUUUGGAUGGACACAAAUUACAGUUGUUCCAGAGACUAACAGAAGUAAGGAACGUUAAGACUACACAGAUUGGUGAAAAUAAUGUCACUGGAAAUGAGGAAAGGCUUUUUAGUGGCAUGAUUAUCUUCGAAAACUAUUUUGUUUCUAAUUUUAUCCUUCCAUCUAACUGCCCACUUAAUGUACAUUUGGAUCUUGUUCCUUUUGAUGUUCCUGCAGUCCAUGCUGUGCACAAAUGUUUGACUUUUAAUUUACUUCUGCCAAUGUCAUUUUCAUUCACCAAAGUAUCAAACUGUUCAGGAAUAUGGUCUUCUCAUGAAUCUAGCCACUACUUUACCUAUACUAUUCAAGCAGCCCUUGUACAAUCAGUUUUAACCAAGACUAAUGAAAUAGCCCAAUCAGAACACAAUACAAGGCUCUCAGUUACAAUCUUCUGUUCCUCUUCAUUCAAAACUGGAGGAAGGAAAUUAGAUCAGAGUACAGCAAACAAGUCAAAUGGCGUACGCAUAAAAUAUGUAUUGUGCAAGUUAAAGAAGGCAUUAUCAGCAGCAUUGAAUUUGUCAGACAAGUGUAUGUAUCUCAACAUAAGUAGAUCUGUUGAUAAAUUUUUGGCAUCUUCUGCUGUUUUCAAUACAUUCACUGUGUAUGUUCUCAAAAUGGCUGCAUUAUGGGUUUCAACUCAUGGACUUCUACCACAAAUUAUCAUAAAUAUAUCAGAAUUUUAUUCACAUACUUGCAAUAAUACUUCAUUAAAAAAGGACAUUCUCAGGUAUAGUAUUGAUAUUCUGUCAGCAAACAAGCAACAUGCAUGUUUAACCUCCAUUGGUGUCACAACAUACAAUAUUUUCAUAUUUUGUUGGAAGAACAUGAAGCUGCCAACUCUUUUCACAAUGAACAGAGAUUUAAUGACAUCAAAGGAACUCAUGAGCAUUAAGAACUCAGCUGCCACAAGUGGAGGAAGCAGUCUUUUCACAGAAGUGGAUUCUGUUUUUGGGAGAAAUAUGUCAAAGCAGAGAUUGGAUGUAAGGCAGUCUUACAAAAGAGUGAAAGACCAAGAAGAAGCUGUAUAUGUGUUUGAGGUGUACAGCGAUUUUUAUGAAUGUGCAAAGAGCAACACGAUAAAUGUAGAACAACUAGUCUGGAACCCAAAACUGCAUAAUUACAUUGAAAAUACAAAUUUGAUACCUUCAGGAAUCUUUGAGACAAGUUGCAAAGAUGCAUAUUUAAUGCAUACAAUAUAUGUACUCAUAUUACACCAAAAACAGACAACAUGUGGCGUGUCGGUGCAUUAUGGCUUUGCAGGACGGAGAGAUGUUUCAACAGUCCAUCCAGGCUCAGGAGCACCAAAAAUACCACGUCCUGGAUAUUCUUCUAGUCAUCAUGGUUCAAUCCCGAAAACUGGUGGGAUGUCAGGAGAUGGUCAAGAAGCAGAUGCUGACGGUAGUGGUGCUGGACAUGAUUAUAUACAGGAGGAUUCAUACGAUGCAGUCCAGUUACCAGUUGGUGAUGAGACGCUGCCGUGGAGGAAACCCAGGUGUAAGCAGCUUUUUCCCAUGCACCCAUCACAAACCACAGUUCCCUGGACACAGGAGAAAAUACAGCUAAGAAGAACAGCUCAGCACCGGAGGAGUAUUGAUAAAGAGCAUCUUGAGGAAGUACAGUUGAAAACUGUCAGUGGGGGGGUGCAGCUUAAAAAGAAAGUUCGGCAGGAUAUAGAUAUUAGAAGUGAAAGACCUGAAGAACAAAAUAGCAGGACUGACACUGAUGAUUCGCUGUACAGUGUUACGGACAAGACAACGGGAAUAGAGCAGAUAGCCACAGAAGAAGAUUCAACAAUUUUACAUUUGGACCAAAUGAAAGAAACACUUGAAGAAAGACAAAAGACAUCACAUUUGCCAAAGAAAGAGGAUCAAAGAUUACCUACAGCACAAGGAAGGAAGCACAUAAAAAAAGAUAGCAGAAUAACAGUGACAGAAGAAGAUGAUAUGACACAAUUAGGAGUGCAACAAGAGAGAGAAAGGACAGAAAGAUUCAUUCGAAAAGGAAAACCUUCAGACAAGACAUUGCCAGCAGACAUGUUGGAUGAUAAUGUUACAAAAAGGAGUCCACUAGUGACAGACUUGACAAAAGAUGAUAAAAAUGCAGAAAAAUCAACAGUACCAUGGAGAACGAAGAAACCAGAAAGCUUGAAAGGAUAUCCACAUGAUGUGCACCAGAAAGUUGACAUUGUUCCUGAAGAGGCAUCACAACCAAAGCCUGAGGCACCAAUACAAGAGCAGAUAUCACAGUUACCAUGGGUACGAGGUAAGAAACAUAAGCAACCCGUCCAGGAGAAAGAGGAAAUUACUUUGAAACCAGUGAAGAAGGAUAUUCCAGAAAAGGCAAUAGAAAGAGAAAUAGUACAGUUGAAGCCUGUAGAGAAACAGAAACCAACAGUGGAAGAAAAAGACAAAAUAGUGCUGAAACCAGUGAAGAAAGACACAAAGGAAGUAACCAAAGAACAGGAAUCUCUAUCAAAGGAAAUACAUAAAGAAGAUAUAAGUGCAGAAAAAACAAGAGAGAUCAAGAGUGUAAAGAAACCAGAGACUUUGAAAGAGACUGCACAUGAUUUAGAAGAGAAAGCAAACAUUGCUCCAGAAGGAGUAUCUCUUGAGGAAAAGCCUGAGGCACCAGAGCAGGACCAGGUAUCACAUUUACCAUGGGUACGAGGAAAGAAACCUAAAGAACCUGAUCAGGAGAAAGAGAAGAUAAUGUUGAAACCAGUGAAAAAGGAUAUUCCAGAGAGGAGAGAAGAAAAGGAAGUAGUACAGUUGAAGCCUGUACAGAGACAGAAACCCACAGCAGAAGUAGAAGACAAAAUAAUGUUGAAACCUGUGAAGAAGGACACAAAGGAAGUAUUCAAAGAAGAGGAAUCUCUUCCAAGCAAAAUGCCUAAAGGAGACACAACUGUAGAAAAACCAAAAGAGAUCAAAAGUAUAAAGAAACCAGAAAGUCUGAAAGAGGUUCCAUCUGAUGUGGAAGAGAAAGCAGACAUAGUUCCAGAAGGAGUGUCUGUUGAGGAAAAGCCUGAGGUACCAGAGGAAGAUCAGGUAACGCGCUUACCGUGGGUACGAGGAAAGAAGCCUAAACAACCUGUUCAGGAGAAAGAGGAAAUUACUUUGAAACCAGUGAAGAAGGGUAUUCCAGAGAAGAUAGAAGAAAAGGAAACAGUACAGUUGAAGCCUGUACAGAGACAUAAACCAACAGCAGCAGAAGAGGAUGAAAUAAUGCUGAAACCUGUGAAGAAGGACACAAAGGAAAUAAGCAAAGAAGAGGAAUCUCUUCCAAGGGAAGUGCCUAAGGGAGACACAACUGUAGAAAAACCAAAAGAGAUCAAAAGUAUAAAGAAACCAGAGAGUCAGAAAGAGGUUCCAUCUGAUGUGGAAGAGAAAGCAGAUAUAGUUCCAGAAGGAGUGUCUGUUGAGGAAAAGCCUGAGGUACCAGAGGAAGAUCAGGUAACGCGCUUACCGUGGGUACGAGGAAAGAAACCUAAACAACCUGUUCAGGAGAAAGAGGAAAUUACUUUGAAACCAGUGAAGAAGGGUAUUCCAGAUAAGAUAGAAGAAAAGGAAACAGUACAGUUGAAGCCUGUACAGAGACAUAAACCAACAGCAGCAGAAGAGGAUGAAAUAAUGCUGAAACCUGUGAAGAAGGACACAAAGGAAAUAAGCAAAGAAGAGGAAUCUCUUCCAAGGGAAGUGCCUAAGGGAGACACAACUGUAGAAAAACCAAAAGAGAUCAAAAGUAUAAAGAAACCAGAGAGUCAGAAAGAGGUUCCACGUGAUGUGGAAGAGAAAGCAGACAUAGUUCCAGAAGGAGUGUCUGUUGAGGAAAAGCCUGAGGUACCAGAGGAAGAUCAGGUAACGCGCUUACCGUGGGUACGAGGAAAGAAACCUAAACAACCUGUUCAGGAGAAAGAGGAAAUUACUUUGAAACCAGUGAAGAAGGGUAUUCCAGAGAAGAUAGAAGAAAAGGAAACAGUACAGUUGAAGCCUGUACAGAGACAUAAACCAACAGCAGCAGAAGAGGAUGAAAUAAUGCUGAAACCUGUGAUGAAGGACACAAAGGAAAUAAGCAAAGAAGAGGAAUCUCUUCCAAGGGAAGUGCCUAAGGGAGACACAACUGUAGAAAAACCAAAAGAGAUCAAAAGUAUAAAGAAACCAGAGAGUCAGAAAGAGGUUCCACGUGAUGUGGAAGAGAAAGCAGACAUAGUUCCAGAAGGAGUGUCUGUUGAGGAAAAGCCUAAGGUACCAGAGGAAGAUCAGGUAUCGCGCUUACCGUGGGCACGAGGAAAGAAACCUAAACAACCUGUUCAGGAGAAAGAGGAAAUUACUUUGAAACCAGUGAAGAAAGGUAUUCCAGAGAAGAUAGAAGAAAGAGAAAUUGUACAGUUGAAGCCUGUAGAGAAACAGAAACCAAUGGCAGAAGAAAAAGACAAAAUAAAGCUGAAACCUGUGAAGAAGGACGAAAAGGAAAUAACAAAAGGAGAGGAAACUCUUCCAAGGGAAGUGCCUAAAGAAGACAUAAUUCCAAAAAAAACAAAAGAGAUUGAAAUUAUAAAGAAGCAAAAGAGUAUGACAGAGGUACCACAUGAUGUGGAAGAUGAAGCAGACAUUGCUCCAGAAGGAGUGUCAGUUCCAGAAAAGCCUGAAGCACCAGAGCAAGAGGAGGUAACGCGUGAACCAUGGGUACGAGGAAAGAAACCUAAACAACCUGUUCAGCAGAAAGAAGAGAUCACUUUGAAACCAGUGAAGAAGGAUAUUCCAGAGAAGAUAGAAGAAAAGGAAAUAGUACAGUUGAAGCCUGUACAGAGACAUAAACCAACAACAGAAGAAGAGGAUAAAAUAGUGCUGAAACCUGUGAAGAAGGAGACACAGGAAGUAAUUAGAAAAGAGGAGUCUCUCGCAAUGGAGGUGACUGAAGAAGAUACAACUGUAGAAAAAUCAAAAGAGAUAAAGAGAGUCAAGAAACCAAAGAGCUUGAAAGAGGCACCACAGGAUGUGGAAGAGAAGCCAGAGAUGGUUCCAGAAAGACUACCUGCUAAGGAAAAGCCUGAGGCACCAGAACAAGAUCAGGUAUCGCAUUUACCAUGGGUACGAGGAAAGAAACCUAAACAACCUGAACAGGAGAAAGAAGAGAUCACUUUGAAGCCAGUGAAGAAGGAUAUUCCAGAGAAGACAGAAGAAAAGGAAAUAGUACAGUUGAAGCCUGUACAGAGACGUAAACCAACAGCAGAAGAAGAGGAUAAAAUAGUGCUGAAACCUGUGAAGAAGGAGACACAGGAAGUAAUUAGAAAAGAGGAGUCUCUUGCAAUGGAGUUGACUGAAGAAGAUACAACUGUAGAAAAAUCAAAAGAGAUAAAGAGAGUCAAGAAACCCGAGAGCUUGAAAGAGACACCACAGGAUGUGGAAGAGAAACCAGAGAUGGUUCCAGAAAGACUACCUGCUAAGGAAAAGCUUGAGGCACCAGAACAAGAUCAGGUAUCGCAUUUACCAUGGGUACGAGGAAAGAAACCUAAACAACCUGUUCAGGAGAAAGAGAAAAUUACUUUGAAGCCAGUGAAGAAGGAUAUUCCAGAGAAGAUAGAAGAAAAGGAAACAGUACAAUUGAAGCCUGUACAUAGACAUAAACCCACAGCAGAAGAAGAGGAUAAAAUAGUGCUGAAACCUGUGAUGCAGGAGACACAGGAAGUAAUUAGAAAAGAGGAGUCUCUUGCAAUGGAGUUGACUGAAGAAGAUACAACUGUAGAAAAAUCAAAAGAGAUAAAGAGAGUCAAGAAACCAAAGAGCUUGAAAGAGACACCACAGGAUGUGGAAGAGAAACCAGAGAUGGUUCCAGAAAGACUACCUGCUAAGGAAAAGCCUGAGGCACCAGAACAAGAUCAGGUAUCGCAUUUACCAUGGGUACGAGGAAAGAAACCUAAACAACCUGAACAGGAGAAAGAAGAGAUUACUUUGAAGCCAGUGAAGAAGGAUAUUCCAGAGAAGACAGAAGAAAAGGAAAUAGUAGAGUUGAAACCUGUACAGAGACAUAAACCAACAGCAGCAGAACAGGAUGAGAUAAUGCUGAAACCUGUGAAGAAGGACACAAAGGUAAUAAGCAAAGAAGAGGAAUCUCUUCCAAGGGAAGUGCCUAAAGGAGACAGAACUGUAGAAAAACCAAAACAGAUCAGAAGUAUAAAGAAACCAGAGAGUCAGAAAGAGGUUCCACGUGAUGUGGAAGAUAAAGCAGACAUAGUUUCAGAAGGAGUGUCUGUUGAGGAAAAGUCUGAGGUACCAUUGGAAGAUCAGGUAUCGCGCUUACCGUGGGCACGAGGAAAGAAACCUAAACAACCUGUUCAGGAGAAAGAGAAAAUUACUUUGAAGCCAAUGAAGAAAGAUAUUCCAGAGAAGAUAGAAGAAAGAGAAAUUGUACAAUUGAAGCCUGUAGAGAAACAGAAACCAAUGGCAGAAGAAAAAGACAAAAUAAAGCUGAAACCUGUGAAGAGGGACGUAAAGGAAAUAACAAAAGAAGAGGAAACUCUUCCAAGGGAACUGCCUAAAGAAGACAUAAUUACAGAAAAACCAAAAGAGUUCGAAAUUGUAAAGAAACCAAAGAGUAUGACAGAGGUACCACGUGAUGUGGAAGAGGAAGCAGACAUUGCCCCAGAAGGAUUGACAGUUCCGGAAAAGCCUGAAGCACCAGAACAAGAGGAGGUAUCGCGUAUACCUUGGGUACGAGGAAAGAAACCUAAACAACCUGUUCAGGAGAAAGAAGAGAUCACUUUGAAACCAGUGAAGAAGGAUAUCCCAGAGAAGACAGAGGAAAGGGAAAUAGUAGAGUUGAAACCUGUACAGAGACAUAAACCAACAGCAGAAGAAGAGGAUAAAAUAGUGCUGAAACCUGUGAAGAAGGAGACACAGGAAGUAAUUAGAAAAGAGGAGUCUAUUGCAAUGGAGGUGACUGAAGAAGAUACAAUUGUAGAAAAAUCAAAAGAGAUAAAGAAAGUCAAGAAACCCGAGAGCUUGAAAGAGAUGCCACAUGAUGUGGAAGAGAAACCAGAGACGGUCCCAGAAAGACUAUCUGUUGACGAAAAGCCUGAGGCACCAGAGCAAGAUCAGGUAUCACAUUUACCAUGGGUACGAGGAAAGAAACCUAAACAACCUGUUCAGGAGAAAGAAGAGAUCACUUUGAAACCAGUGAAGAAGGAUAUCCCAGAGAAGACAGAGGAAACGGAAAUAGUAGAGUUGAAACCCGUACAGAGACAUAAACCAACAGCAGAAGAAGAGGAUAAAAUAGUGCUGAAACCUGUGAAGAAGGAGACACAGGAAGUAAUUAGAAAAGAGGAGUCUCUUGCAAUGGAGGUGACUGAAGAAGAUACAACUGUAGAAAAAUCAAAAGAGAUAAAGAGAGUCAAGAAACCAAAGAGCUUGAAAGAGACACCACAGGAUGUGGAAGAGAAACCAGAGAUGGUUCCAGAAAGACUACCUGCUAAGGAAAAGCCUGAGGCACCAGAACAAGAUCAGGUAUCGCAUUUACCAUGGGUACGAGGAAAGAAACCUAAACAACCUGAACAGGAGAAAGAAGAGAUUACUUUGAAGCCAGUGAAGAAGGAUAUUCCAGAGAAGACAGAAGAAAAGGAAAUAGUACAGUUGAAACCUGUACAGAGACAUAAACCAACAGCAGAAGAAGAGGAUAAAAUAGUGCUGAAACCUGUGAAGAAGGAGACACAGGAAGUAAUUAGAAAAGAGGAGUCUCUUGCAAUGGAGGUGACUGAAGAAGAUACAACUGUAGAAAAAUCAAAAGAGAUAAAGAGAGUCAAGAAACCAAAGAGCUUGAAAGAGGCACCACAGGAUGUGGAAGAGAAACCAGAGAUGGUUCCAGAAAGACUACCUGCUAAGGAAAAGCCUGAGGCACCAGAACAAGAUCAGGUAUCGCAUUUACCAUGGGUACGAGGAAAGAAACCUAAACAACCUGAACAGGAGAAAGAAGAGAUUACUUUGAAGCCAGUGAAGAAGGAUAUUCCAGAGAAGACAGAAGAAAAGGAAAUAGUAGAGUUGAAACCUGUACAGAGACAUAAACCAACAGCAGAAGAAGAGGAUAAAAUAGUGCUGAAACCUGUGAAGAAGGAGACACAGGAAGUAAUUAGAAAAGAGGAGUCUCUUGCAAUGGAGUUGACUGAAGAAGAUACCAUUGUAGAAAAAUCAAAAGAGAUAAAGAGAGUCAAGAAACCCGAGAGCUUGAAAGAGACGACACAUGAUGUGGAAGAGAAACCAGAGACGGUCCCAGAAAGACUAUCUGUUGAGGAAAAGCCUGAGGCACCAGAGCAAGAUCAGGUAUCACAUUUACCAUGGGUACGAGGAAAGAAACCUAAACAACCUGUUCAGGAGAAAGAAGAUAUUACUUUGAAGCCAGUGAAGAAGGAUAUUCCAGAGAAGACAGAAGAAACGGAAAUUGUACAGUUGAAACCUGUACAGAGACAUAAACCAAAAGCAGAAGAAGAAGACAAGUUAAUGCUGAAACCUUUGAAAAAAGACACAAAGGAAGUAUUCAAAGAAGAGGAAUCUCUUCCGAGGGAGUUGGCUAAAGAAGACACAACUGCAGAAAAACCAAAAGAGACCAAGAAAGUAAAGAAACCAGAGAGCUUAAAAGAGACUCCACAUGAUAUGGACGAAAAAGUUGACAUUGUUCCAGAAAAAGUAUCUGAUGAGGAAAAGCCUGAGGCACCAGAUCAAGAUCAGGUGUCUCAUGUACCAUGGGUACGAGGAAAGAAACCUAAACAACCUGAACAGGAGAAAGAAGAGAUUACUUUGAAACCAGUGAAGAAGGAUAUCCCAGAGAAGACAGAAGAAAAGGAAAUAGUACAGUUGAAACCUGUACAGAAACAUAAACCAACAGCAGAAGAAGAGGAUAAAAUAGUGCUGAAACCUGUGAAGAAGGAGACACAGGAAGUAAUUAGAAAAGAGGAGUCUCUUGCAAUGGAGGUGACUGAAGAAGAUACAAUUGUAGAAAAAUCAAAAGAGAUAAAGAAAGUCAAGAAACCAGAGAGCUUGAAAGAGACGCCAUAUAAUGUGGAAGAGAAAGCAGAGACGGUUCCAGAAAGACUAUCUGUUGAGGAAAAGCCUGAGGCACCAGAGCAAGAGCAGGUAUCGCAUUUACCAUGGGUACGAGGAAAGAAACCUAAACAACCUGAACAGGAGAAAGAAGAGAUUUCAUUGAAGCCAGUGAAGAAGGAUAUUCCAGAGAAGACAGAAGAAAAGGAAAUUGUACACUUGAAACCUGUACAGAGACAUAAACCAAAAGUAGAAGAAGAAGACAAGUUAGUGCUGAAACCUGUGAAGAAGGACACAAAGGAAGUAUUCAAAGAAGAGGAAUCUCUUCCAAGGGAGUUGGAUAAAGAAGGCACAACUGAAGAAAAACCGAAAGAGACCAAGAAAGUAAAGAAACCAGAGAGCCUUAAGGACACUCCACAUGAUACGGAAGAGAAAGCCGACUCUAUUCCACAAGGAGUAUCUGUUGAGGAAAAGCCUGAGGCACCAGAUCAAGAUCAGGUAUCGCAUGUACCAUGGGUACGAGGAAAGAAGCCUAAACAACCUGUUCAGGAGAAAGAGGAGAUUAUUUUGAAACCAGUGAAGAAGGAUAUUCCAGUGGAGACAGAAGAAAGAGAAAUUGUACAGUUGAAACCUUUUGAGAAACCGAAGCCAACAGCCGAAGAAGUGGAAAGAAUUACCCUUAAACUUGAACCAGCAGUGGAGAAACAAAAACUGUUAGAGAAACUUGUAUCUGAAAGGGAAAUACCUUUAAUUCCAAGUAAUGAGGAAUCUCCCUUACAAGAUAGUAAGGAGAUUACCAAAGUACCUUGGCGACGUGGAAAGAAACAUGAGGCACCUGAACUGGAAAAGGAGGAAAUUACUUUGAAACCUGUGGAAAAAAGUAUUCCUGAGAAAACUGAUGAUAGGAAAGAAUUGCGAUUGAAGCCUGUACCUAAAGAGAAACCAUCAGUAGAUGAGGUACAGGAAGUUAUGCUAAAACCUGUGAAGAAGGACAAAAAGGAAGUAAUUACAGAGAAAGAGGGUGUAACUAUAAAAGAAGUAGGAGAAAACCAAAUAGGGGAAGAAAAAAAUUUGCAGGAGCUGAAACCAGAAGAGUUGCCUGAGGAUGGCACUCCUACCAAAAAAUCCAGUGUACCUUGGAGAAAAAAGAAACCAGUGCCCAUGAAGGAGGCUCCACUUGAUGUGGAGGAAUUAACGGACACUGCCCCAGAAGUGUCUAAAGUAACCAUGAUUCCUGAUAUGCCUAAACUUGCAGAUGCUCCAGAUAUUUUAAAGGAAGUUCUAGAUGAGAAACCAAUGCUACUUCCUGUAAGACUGAUUGAUGAACAAGAUGAGAUGAUGAAAGAUUUAGUAUCUGUAGGUGAAAUUGCCUUGGCAAAACCCAAAGCUGUGCACCCUUCAGAUAAAGAGAAAUUACUGUCUGAGAGCGUGCAGGUGGAAGCUACUACAGAAACUCUUGAUUGGCACAAAGACAUUAAGGUGGAUACUUUUUCCAAAAAGAAAGUUCCUGAAGAAUCCCGACCCACAAUUCUUUCUGAUAGUACACCAUUAAGUGAAUUGGAAAUUGUGUCUCAGAAGCGGGUGACUGAUAGUGUGUUGAAGAUUCCAGAGGAACCCAUUCAAGACGUGGAAAAUCUUGAUGUUCAUCACACAGUCAGUCAGACAGUCGUACAAAAGACAGUCACAGAAGCCACUAAAACUAUUUCAAAAGCUGUACCCCCAAGAUUUGUUAGAAAAUUGACACCUGCCAUGGUGGAACCAAACAAGAAAGCAACAUUUAUUUGUGAAGUUGAAGGAAAGCCUUUCCCUGAAUUGACUUGGUUUGUUAAUGAAAAACCGUUGCCUUUGUCAAAUCGCAUACAGACGUCAGUUCGUGAAAACGUUGUGACACUUGAAAUAAGGGAUGUAUUUAAAGAAGAUGUUGGUAUUUAUUCCUGCCGUGCUUCAAAUCCUGCUGGUGUGGCUACAUCUGCAGCAAAUUUGGUCAUUUUGGAGAAACCGGAAAUGGGCAGGGCUCCUCAUUUUACUGAGCAACUGAAACCACUGUCAGCUGUUCCUGGACGUCCUGCUGAGCUGAAAUGUGUUGUUGUUGGUGAGCCUACACCUGAAGUAGUUUGGUUACGUGAUGGUCAGAAAGUGUUCUCUGGACCUGGCCAGGAAAUGUACUACAAUCCUGAAUCUGGAACUGCGAGUUUGAUUAUCAGUGAACCAACGGAACAUGAUGAAGCAGUGUACAGUGUACAAGCCAUUAACAAAUUUGGCCGAGCAGAAUGCCGAGCAAAUCUCGUACUUGGUAAACCAAUAGAAGCAAGACAGCCACAGUUUAUGAGGGCACCAUAUAUAACACGUCCCUUACAAGCCAUUGCUGCAGUAAAAGAUGAGCCUGUGGAGCUGAUGGCAGCAUUUGAAGGAGAACCUGUACCUGAAGCAAAGUGGUUUCGCAAUGGAAAGGAGGUAGUGGCUUCGGAGGGAAUUGAUAUUGUGAAACAGACAAAACAUACUGUUUUACGUAUAGAAAAGAUAAACAAAACCAAUACUGGAAUGUAUGAAGUUCGUGCUAUAAAUCCAGUUGGAGAGGCCAAAACAUCUUGUUCUGUCACUAUCAGAGAAGAACAGCCUGAAAUGACUGAAGCAAGGCCACCAUCUUUCAUUAAGCCUCUACAGCCAAAGAUUGUAACUGUUGGAGAAGUUGUUAUUUUGGAGACUAUUGUAGAGUCAUACCCUACAUGUUCAUUCCAAUGGUUCCAUCUGUCUACUCCAGUGAAGUCAACAACAGAAACACGGAUUGUGACAGAAGCAAAUAAGUCAUUACUAGUUUUGCAAGAUGUUAAUGAACAACAGACAGGUAGUUAUACAUGUCGUGCAGAGAAUGUUGUUGGAUCAGUGACUUGCACAGCAACACUAUCUGUCAUACCUGAUGAGAAAUGGGAAGAUACUAUAGAGUUAGAGGCUCCACAUUUUGAACAGAAGUUAGUGCCAUUACGAGUCAUGGAUGGAGAACCAGUGCAACUCACUUGCAAGAUUGUUGGAAAACCAAUUCCAAAAGUUAUUUGGUAUCACAAAGGACUACCUUUGAAAGAAUCUAAGGGUGUUACAAUGUACCAAGACUCAGAAGGUGUAUGUAAAUUAGCAAUUUCAGAGGUUUUUCCAGAGGAUGCUGGACAGUACACUUGCCAGGCUAUCAACAAAGCAGGAGAAGCUGUUUGUGCUGCAUCACUUGUUGUUGAAGCUUAUGAAUACGUACCUGACUCUGAGAUUGCAACAACUGGAGUAUCUCUUGUUACAGGACAGAGCGGUUCAGAAGAAGAUCUUUUAGUAGAAAAGGAGACAAUCUCUGAAGUUUCUGAAAUGACAGAAUUGCAACAUGGGGAAGUGGGAAAAGCACCUCGGUUUGUUACUUACUUGCCAGAAACUGUGACCUCACGUGAUGGUGAACUUAUAAGACUGGAGGUCAAAGCAGAAGGAAUACCAAGACCAAAGAUCAGAUGGUACAAGCAAGGAAUAGAACUUACCCCUUCAAAGGAUUUUGAUGUUGAAGAUUUUGAGGAAGGUACUUCGGUCCUCACUAUACCAGAAGUUUUCCCUGACGAUGCGGGUGAGAUUCUAUGCGAAGCUCAGAAUGAUUUUGGCAUUGACACAACAGUUACUGAACUUGUUGUAGAAGGUAUUCUAGGUACAAAGGAAUAUCGAAAACCUGAAUGGGUGACACAGAUGGAACAACUAAAGGAGAAACUGAUGGGUAAUGGCCGUUCGGCCACUUUGCCUGUGCAUGAUACUGUUGUACCGACUUGCAUGCCAAGCCUCACAAAUGCUAUGGAGUGUUCUGCUGCAGCAUCCCAUUCCCCUAAUCCACCUGGCUUUGCUCAUUUAGUCAUAUCCGACUACCUGAGUUCUCACCGACAUUCUAUCUCGGCAGCUAUAGAAGCGUUGAGUGCAGGUGGCGGAGCAGGUGCAGCGCUGCUCGCAUCGCCACCACUACACCUGACUGAACGACAAGAGAAAGAGGUUGUGGUGGUGGCAGCAGCAGCACUACAACAUGUGCCCGAUAGGAACAAUGAAACAGAACUGAAAAGGGCGUCGCGUAACCUGUCGGCAUCUUGUGAGGCACUGUUUCCUACUCCGAGAAACAGUGUCAUCCGUCUACUUUCCUGCAGUUGCAUACAGCAGACAGCCAGGAGGAAUUGCAAGAAUUUCUGUUGCUUGAAAGUAGGUGCUGUGGAGAGACAGAGGAAUGCCGUGGGCUUGCCUCUGCUUUCUCUGACAGUGAUGACAAUGAGCAUGACUCUGCCAAAAUCGUGGCAGAGCACUGCUAGCAGGAAAAUUCUUGCAGAAGUUCAAAUAAACCCAACAAUAAUAUCACCUCUAGUCAUAGCUACCCAGAGUGCACCAACAUUUGUACAAGAAAUUAGGGACAACAGGGCUAAGGAAAUGGAAACAGUAACAUUUGAAUGUCAGUUCUCAGGGACUCCACUGCCUGAUAUAACCUGGUAUAAGAAUGGCAAAAUUCUUCGUAAUACAAGGAAUAUUCAAAUUAGAAUUAGAAACAACAAAACUACUUGUCAAAUACUAAAAGUAACCCCAGAAGAUGAAGGAACCUACAUCUGCAAAGCAACUAGUGAAGUUGGAGUAGCUGAAACAAAAGCAGAAUUGUUUGUACAAGAAUUGACUCUUGAGGAGCGCCAAAAACUGGAAGUUAAGAAAGGCACAGAGCAGCGUGCAAAGAUAAAACUGGAGAGAGUAAAAACACAGAAGAAGCCAAAAACAGAAGAAACUGUUGUCGACACAGUUUUUGAGACAGAGAGGAAAAGGGAAAUUGUGGACAUCCAUGAGACACAUGUUCUGGAAUCCACUGCACAGUUUGCAGAGAAAACAAAAAAGGUCACUGCACAGAAAGUCUUUCCAGUUCAAGAUUCAGUUGAGAUAUCUGCAAUUGCAUCAUGUAAAAAAGUUGAUGACACAAGUGAAAAACCCAUUCUGACAGAAGAAAAGGCAAAAGAAAUUGUUCCAGUUCAAGAAAGUGUUACAGUUUCUGAAGUGGAUGUUAAAGAUGAUGUGAAAUAUCUUAAGACACAGAAGACCAAAGUGACAGCUGAUACAAAAGUAAAUAUACAGGAGUCAGUAUCCAUUUCACAACUGAAAGGUGAAGAUAUGGUGAAAGAAUUUGAAGUAAAGCCCUUAGAGGAGCAGGCAGAUAGGAAGGUCAGUGUCCAAGAAUCUGUUAGUGUGUCUGAAGUUAUUACAGAAGACAAAGUCAUAGAUCUGAAAGAAACAAAACCAAAAGAAGAAGAAGCUGUGUUGAUGAAGCCUGUACAAGAGAGUUUCCUAGUAACUGAAACUCUGUCAGAGACUACUAUAACUGAAAUGAAAGAUGCAAAAACCAUGGAGAGUGCAGAAUACAAAGUGCCCAUUUUAGAACCCAUGGUUGUAUCUGAAAUACAGACUGAAACUACAGUUGAAGAAGUCAAAGACAAAAAACCCAAAAGUUAUCAAGCCAAGCCUGAUAAGAGUCCUGUACAGCAAGAAGUAGCAGAAAUUACUGAGGUUAAAGUAGAAAGGGCACCAGAGUUACAAAAGAAGAAAGAGCAAGUAUUGGUUGAAAAGGAAAAGAAGGAAGCUGAGGAAGUAGUGACAGAGAAAAAGAAAACAGAUAUUGUGACAAAGAAAAAGACAGCUGUCAAAAAGAAAGAUCUCGAGGAAGAAGAAGAAAUUAUUGUCCAGCGUGCAUUGAAGACUAUGCAAAAGCUAGAAAGAUGGGAACGUGUGAAACAGGCACAGGAAGUAGAGGAGUUGCUACAUUUGAUUCCUGUUCAAGAAUUUGGACCAGAAAGUGAAAAACCUUUACGUGAACUGGCACGUGUUGGCUGGUUGCUACGGCGAGGGUUAAAUGUGCAAGAAGUAACGGCACUUCACCGUGCUGGACACUUCCAGGAACUUCGCACACCAUUGGCUCAGUCUGCUCUCGUUUCUUUAGUGGAACGUCAAGGGCACGGAGUUCUGGUUUCACAAGCUCUUGCAGAGGAGGAUGAAGUCCAAGGGCCAGAAACAGCUGGCUUCCGUGCAUUUCUUCGCAUGAUUGAACUGGAAUAUGCCACUGUUGAACAAGCUGUUACUCUUUUUGCUCCUGAAGAUUUCCGCCCAGACUCGUGGGAAGUCCAAGAAGCUACAGAGGUCGUGGAGAAGACACAUAUAACACAACAGGCAGAAAUUAUAAAACAAGCUGAAGUUCGUAUUGCUGAUGAGAAGAAAGUGACUAAGAAGAAGAAGACAAAGACUGAAGUUCAAAAAGAAGAAACUCUUGAAGAGAUAGACCAUGAACGGCGCACAGCAUCCAGGACUGCUGCAGAAAAACCACAACCUCAUGAACGACUAAUACCUAUAGAGGUGGAAAGGGAUGAGGGGGUACUGAUUACAGAAUUACCUACUGACCACCAAAUUACAAUAACUGAGCCCUCUCUUGCUAUUGUUACUCAACCAGCUGAAGAACUCGGUGUGCAGAAGACAAGAGCUGAAGAAGAAGAUAAAAAGUUUGAGGAGGAUGAAGAACUAAUUAUAAUUGAAGAAAGAAAGGGGGAGGGUAUCAGAAGCCAGCGGAGAAAGAAGGUCAUCAGACAGAAAUCCGAGGAAGAGGUUGAGGUGGAAAUACAGGUGGUAGGUGGCGAGAAAAGAAAGGUGAAGAAAAUAAUAAAAGCUACUCAACCAGACACUUCUGAAGAAAUGAUUGAUGAGGAAUAUUUGCAGGAAAUAAAACCAUUUGAGAAAGCUGUGCAGAAAGCUUUGCCCCUUUUAAGUACAAAACAAGUGUCAGAGACUGUACCGUCCGUGCAUAUUACGGAACUACAGACAGGAGUUGAGGAUCGUGGUGAUCAUGUAAAAGUGAACAUGUUGACUCUAAGUGCAGUAUCUGGAGAACAAGUGCUUGUGGAAGAACAUGAAGUUCCCACAAAAUCAGCAAAAUUUGAGGGUAUAAAAGCAUCUCAGCGAUUUGACACCAUUGAACAUUAUACUGUUACGGAAGCAGAUGUGCAUACUCGUGCACGAGAAUUCUCUGAUGUGUUCCAGCCACAGUCAUUUGAGGCUAGUGUAGCUAUUAUUCCACGAGAAGGUGUAGUUGUAAGUGAGAUGACUGUGCGUGCUGGAACUGGUGAGUUGGUGGAAUUGGCUGAAGGACAACAGAAGCAGGCAACCAUUGGUUUAACACUGCAAGAAGCAACCAGUGUAAGUGAGACUGAAAUUUCAGUAAAAGAAGGUGACUUCACAGAUCUCAGGAAACCUCAACAGAGGCAAGCAGAACAUAUUUUCUUACCAAAUGAAGGAAUAUCUGUAUUAGAAGUAACAGAGGGUACUUCUGAGAAUGUUCUUCAGAUUACCUCAAAGCCACUUCCUGUGAAACCUCGUGUUCAGGUACCAUCUGCAGAACCAUUGCUGGUUAGUGAGGUGUUUCCUGAGAUGAAACCAGGAAAAUAUCUGCCAGAAUCAUUUGUAGCAACAGAAAUGGCAAGUAAAAGUGUAGUGGCUCAACAUGGAAUCUCAGCUCUAGAAAUGCAUGCACCAGAGAAGGAAGGUGAGUAUGUGUCAGAUCGUCUCCCACCAUCACAGAUAGCUGGAUCAGAAAUUACUCCAGGAGAGGCAUUACAGGUUUCACAGUCAGAUGUGCAGGAAGCUGAAGCCCCAUUGGCUGCAAAACAACAGCCAGAGACUGCCACAGCAGAAGAAGAUGUUACUCUAAUGCGAGGUAUUACUGUAACCACUGUGGAAGCACAGCUGCAAGAGAAGGCCUUCAGGAGUGAUGAGCAUGAUGCCAAAAAAGCAGGUGUCUUGUUUAUGGAGAAAGAAUCUAUACAGGCAGCAUUCAUGACAGCAGUAGAAAGAGAGGCAGAACUUGCUCCAGAGGAGAAACCAGCUGAAAAAACUGCAGAACCUGUUCUCUCUUGUUUGGAAGCUGCUGAUGUAUCUGAAUCUCUUGUGCAGGAAGUGGAAGGUGAGCUUCUUGCAGACAAGUCACCACUAAAAGUUCAAGCUGAAGCUAGUGUCAGGCCGGAAGAACCACUUUCCAUAUUGGAGGUUUGCGCAGGACAUGCAUCUGCUGAGCUGUCAGAGAGCUUAAGAUAUCGCACUGAUGAAGCAGUGUCUGUAUUUGAAACAACAGAAGCUAAGCAAGUAUCAGUGAUACUUGCACAAGAAAAAGAAAGUAUGCUACCUGACCUUCAGAAACCUCUACCAGCUCAGGGUGAAAAAUCAUUUUCACCACAGACAGGUCUAACUGUUGUGCAGACAGUGGCAGAGGAGUCAGAAGGAAUAUUUUUGGCAGCUGAACUGCCAGAAAGUCAUAGAGUGAAGACAUCACCAACUCAGCCUUUUCAGUCAAUUGUUAUUGAAGAAACACUUGCACAAGGACAUGCAGGUCAUAUAGAAAGGGAUACACCAGCAUUAGGUAUUGCUAAAGCUGACAGAGAACUCCUUCGAGAGAUGAUUAUAGAGGAGGCUAUUACAGGUGAAGGUCUGCAGUCGUACAAGGAAGCAAUGAAACCAGAUAGUAAACAAGCAGGCAUUACAGUUCUACAAGAAGAGAGCUUAACUGUUACUGAGGUGGUUACAGAAGACAAAGAAGCUGGGUAUACAAAGCCCACAAUGCCAACUGAAUGCUUUGCUCUUCCAGAAAUAAAAGGCCAAAAGGUGGCAAUCAAGACAGAAGUGAGACCAGAUAUCUCUGCUGUACCAUUAUCUAGUGAAUAUCCAACAAGAGAAACUGCUAAACCUGAUCAGAUUCCACUUGAAAGCCUUCUUGUGACACUUGCACAAAUGGUUGAGAAAGAAGGUGAAUUGUCCAAAGAUAUAAAGCCAGAUAUAAAGAGUGCAACAGUUGAUUUAACAGAGAGACAUUCAGAGAUUAGUGUGACACAAGUAGUGGCACAUGAUAAAGAAAAAGAAUAUGUUACGGAACAGUCUCCUAAACAAAUGACAGCCACAGCCAGUGUACCAGUUCAUGAAGUGGCUAUUAAGUCAGAGACAUUGCCAGAGUUAAAUGUUGGUGAUCUUCCUGAGAGAGAACAUGUCACAGGUAGAGCAAAGCCUGAUAAUGAACCACUGCAAGAACUUAUAAUCACAGAAACAGCUAUUACUGAAGUUGAGAGACAACUUAAAGAAGGUGUGAAGCCGGAGAAAAUGACUGCAGAUGUAGCCAUUGAUGUAGGUGAAGGAAUAUCAAUUACAGAAAUUGUCGCUGACCAUAAAGAGGCUAUCCUUGAAUCUGUAGAAAUGCCAAAACAGAGGCAGGCCACUCUCAAUAUCCGUAGCCAAGAAGUAGCUCAGAAGGAGGAAGUGGUGAUGGAUUAUGUCACUGGUGAAUGGAAGAGGCAGUCACCAGUUAAGGAAAGUGCUCACCCAGAACAGGAUGCACUGGAAUGUGCUGUGUUACUACAGCCACAUAUUGGUGAAAGGGAAGGUCUUUAUAGUGCAGAUAUUAAGCCAGAUGAAAAAACAGCUAACAUUACCUUUGAAGAAGGUCAGAUACUAAGUGUCACAGAAGUUUUGCCUGAUGACAAAGAAAAACCACUUGAAAUUCCGGAAGCUCCAAACAAAUAUAAAGCAACAGCAGACUUCCGAACUCAAGAAGUUGCAGUGAAGUCUGAAAUAAUAGCUGGGUUAAAUGUCACAGAAAUAACACAUGUAGAGCCAUCAACAGCAGAAGCCACUAAAGACCAGGUUCCAUAUCAGAGUUUUAUUCUUUGUGAGACUCUGACAGGAGAAAAGGAAUCUGAGUAUCAGCCAUUAAUUAUGCCUGAUUCCAAAGUAGCAGAUACUGUUAUCUUGGAAGAAGAGGGACUUACUGUAAAUCAGGUAACUACUGGAGAUGUGGAGACAACAUUUUCUUCACCAGAGAAGCCAGAAGGAAAGAAAGCAUUUCCAUCUGUAAUAGGGCAAGAAAUUGCCGAGAAAACAGCGGUUUGGAUUGAAAGUAGUGUGGGUAAGUUACCAUAUGAAGAGCCUCAGUGUGUACAAGCUUUAGCGGAACAAUUGCCACAUCAUAGUUUGAUUCAGUCAGAAAUGGCUCCUGUGGAAUGUGAAGGUGUAUACUCAGUGGGUGUACAGCCAGAUAGUAAGAGUGCAGAGGUUGUAAUUGACGAAGCAAAAAUGUUAGCCAUUACGGAAGUCAUCACACAAGACAAGGAAGGGCAUUAUGAAGCUCCCAUCAAACCAGAUGGCAAGUUUGCAAAACCUGGUGUAUUGGGACAGGAAGUAGCUCAGAAGAUAGAAGUAGUGACAGAAUCAAGAACUGGUGAAAUACUUUUAGAGACUCCAGUCAAAGUACAAGCCACAUCUGAACAAUUGACAUUUGAGAGUCUACAGCAGGCAGAAGCAACUGUGCAAGAACGAGAAGGAGAAUUUAAAGAGAAACUGAAAUACGAUAUGCUACAUGCAAAUCUGGAAUUUGAACAGGGUAAGAGUUUGACCAUUACUGAAAUAUUGGCACAAGAUAGAGAAGAAAUAAUUGCAACUGUGGAAAAGCCAAAGGAAAGAAAGGCAAGGACAGAUAUCAGUGGCAAAGAAGUGGCAGAAAAGACUGAAAUUGUACCUGAAUUUGGAAUGGGGAAACUAGAGGAAGAAAAAACUUCACCAGCUCAAGCAAAGAAGGCUCAUUUGCCCUUCGAAAGUGUUAUUAAAAUGGAAGUAAGCAUAAGAGAGUGUGAGGAACCCUUGAAGGGUGAUAUUAAGCCCAUAGCCAAACUUGCUGAAAUUGUAUUUGAAGAAGGUCAGCCAAUACAAGUUACUUCAAUGGUGACAGGAGACAGAGAAAGUGAAUAUGUAACUCCUGAAAAGCCAAGUGGCAAAGUGGCUCAUUCAGAAGUUCUCACUCAUGAAGUUGCAGAGAAAUCUGAAAUAGUUCCAGGUUUGAAUAUCAGGGAACUGGUUCAGGCAGAACCUCUCAAAGUAAAAGCAAACACUGAACAGGCACCAUUUGAAAGUGUAAUGCAGAUACAAGCUCUUAUUCAAGAAAGUGAAGGGACAUUUGAAAAGGGUGAACUUCCUGCUUUUAGAAAGGCAGGAUUAAAUUUUGAAGCAGAACAAUCUCUCACUAUUUCAGAGGUCACACUUGGCGAUAAGGAACUUCUUUAUACUGCACCUCAAUUACCCAAGGAAAGACAAGCACAGCCAGACAUAACUGAAAGCCAGGAGGUGGCAGAACAAAGUCAGGUGCUCACAGAAAUAGGGGUUGGUCAAAUUGAAGCAAUAGUCCCAGUGUCAGAAACAGCUAAACUAGGACACGACGUUCUUCAAAGUGUUAUGGUCUAUGAGAGUCAAACUCAUGAAAAUGAAUCUGAGUUUGUCAAAAAACAAUUACCAGUGACAAAAAAGGCUGAUGUCUUCAUAGAAAAGGGAAGGAAGGCACAAACUGUUACCGAAGUAAUUGCAGAUCUCAAGGAGGGAACUGUGAAAGAACUAGAGAUGCCAACAGGAAAGAAAGCACGCCCUGAUAUUCUUGGCCAUGAGAUAGCAGAAAAGGCUGAAGUUGUAACACAUCUUUCUGUUGGCGAUGUCAUGGAACACAAAGUUCAUAGGACUUUUGCGUCAUUGGAACAAGUUCCAUUUGAGGGCAUUGUUCAAUCUGAAGCUGUAGUCCGUGAGAAAGAAAAUACCUUUAUCUCUGAUUUAAAAAUGGUCACUGCAAGUGCAGAGACAAUGUUUGAGGAAGGUAAAAGUGUCACUAUCUGCCAAGUUAUACCAGAAGACAAGGAGGAUGAUUUUGUGGCAGCACAAAAGCCCAAAACACGAGUAGCUCAACCAGAAAUAGAGGCCCAUGAAAUAGCUGAAAAAUCUGAGGUUAUACCAGAAACAGGAGUUUCAGAACUUUCAUUUCAGUUCCCCAAACAUGCACAAGCUAAACCAGAGUCAUUAUUAUUUGAAGGCCUGGUUCAGUCAGAAAUUGCUGUCCGAGAAAGUGAGAUAGAUUUUGAUGGCAAAUUAAAAUUAGAUAAGAGGACUGUAGAUGUUUCAUUUGAGGAAGGCAGUAGCGUCACAAUAAUGGAGGUUAUUCCAGAUGACAAAGAAGCCCAGUAUUUGUCUCCUGUGGCACCUGAAUCUGAAGUAGCUCUACCACACAUAUCUGGGCAUCAGAUAGCAGAGAAAUCAGAGGUAUUAACAGAACUUAGCCUUGGACCUGUUGAUGUGAGACCUACACAGAAAAUACAGGCUGAUGUUCAACAGAUUCCAUUUGAAGGUAUUGUUCAGUCUGAAGCAAUUAUCCGUGAGAAGGAAGACGUCUUUAAGUCAAGUCUGAAGAAAGUGUCGGCCACUGCAGAGAGGAAAUUUGAGGAGGGCAGAAGUGUUACUGUAAGCCAAAUCAUAGCAGAAGACAAGGAAGGUGACUAUGUAAUUACUGAAAAACCCAAAGCCCAAAUGGCUGAACCAGAUGUCCAAGUGCAGCAAGUUGCUCAAAAAACUGAGGUAAUUACAGAAGUAGCAGCAUCUGACCUCUCGGUUGAAAAACCUAAGAAGGCACAAGCUAAAUCUGAAUCCUUCUUGUUUGAAAGCUUAGUUCAGUCAGAAAUUACUGUUCGUGAAAGUGAAAUUGAAUUUACUAGUCAAUUUAAAGAAGAUAAGAAGAAAGUGGAUGUAUCAUUUGAAGAAGGUAGAGGUGUGACAAUAACAGAAGUAGUUCCAGAUGACAGAGAAUCUCAGUACAUCUCUCCUACAGCGCCAGAGAGUAAAGUAGCCCUACCAAACAUAUCUGGACAUGAGAUAGCAGAGAAAUCGGAGGUAUUAGCAGAACUUAGCCUUGGACCUGUUGAUGUGAGACCUACACAAAAAAUACAGGCUGAUGUUCAGCAGAUUCCAUUUGAAAGUAUUGUACAGUCUGAAGCAAUUAUCCGUGAGAAGGAAGACGUCUUUAAGUCAAGUGUAAAGAAAGUGUCUGCUACUGCAGAGAGGAAAUUUGAGGAAGGCAGAAGUGUUACUGUAAGUGAAAUCAUAGCAGAAGACAAGGAAGGUGACUAUGUUAUCACUGAGAAACCCAAAGCCCAAAUGGCUGAACCAGACAUCCAAGUACAGCAAGUUGCUCAAAAAACUGAAGUGAUUACAGAAGUGGCAGCGUCUGACCUCUCAGUUGAGAAACCUAAGAAGGCACAAGCUAAAUCUGAAUCCUUCUUGUUUGAAAGCUUAGUUCAGUCAGAAAUUACUGUUCGUGAAAGUGAAAUUGAAUUUACUAGUCAAUUUAAAGAAGAUAAGAAGAAAGUGGAUGUAUCAUUUGAAGAAGGUAGAGGUGUGACAAUAACAGAAGUAGUUCCAGAUGACAGAGAAUCUCAGUACAUCUCUCCUACAGCACCAGAGGGUAAAGUAGCCCUACCAAACAUAUCUGGACAUGAGAUAGCAGAGAAAUCGGAGGUAUUAACAGAACUUAGCCUUGGACCUGUUGAUGUGAGACCUACACAGAAAAUACAGGCUGAUGUCCAACAGAUUCCAUUUGAAAGUAUUGUACAGUCUGAAGCAAUUAUCCGUGAGAAGGAAGAUGUCUUUAAGUCAAGUAUAAAGAAGGUGUCUGCCAUGGCAGAUAGGAAAUUUGAGGAAGGCAGGAGUGUUACUGUAAGUGAAAUCAUAGCAGAAGACAAGGAAGGUGACUAUGUAAUUACUGAAAAACCCAAAGCCCAAAUGGCUGAACCAGAUGUCCAAGUACAGCAAGUUGCAGAAAAAACUGAAGUCAUUACAGAAAUAGCAACUUCUGACCUUUCUGUCGAAAAACCUAUGAAGGCUCAAGUUAAAUCCAAAUCCAUCUUGUUUGAAAGCUUAGUUCAGUCAGAAGUUACUGUUCGUGAAAGUGAAAUUGAAUUUAGUAGCCAAUAUAAAGAAGACAGGAAGAAUGUGGAUGUGUCAUUUGAAGAAGGCAGAGGUGUGACAAUAACAGAAGUAGUUCCAGAUGACAGAGAAUCGCAGUACAUCUCUCCUACAGCACCAGAGAGUAAAGUAGCCCUACCAAACAUAUCUGGACAUGAGAUAGCAGAGAAAUCAGAGGUAUUAACAGAACUUAGCCUUGGUCCUGUUGAUGUGAGCCCUGCACAGAAAAUACAGGCUGAUGUUAAACAAAUUCCAUUUGAAGGUAUUGUUCAGUCUGAAGCAAUUAUCCGUGAGAAGGAAGAAAUCUUUAAGUCAGGCAUGAAGAAAGUGUCCGCCACUGCAGAGAGAAAAUUUGAAGAAGGCAGAAGUGUUACUGUAAGUGAAAUCAUAGCAGAAGACAAGGAAGGCGACUAUGUAAUUACUGAAAAACCCAAAGCCCAAAUGGCUGAACCAGACGUCCAAGUGCAGCAAGUUGCAGAGAAAACUGAGGUAAUUACAGAAGUAGCAGCAUCUGACCUCUCGGUUGAAAAACCUAAGAAGGCACAAGCUAAAUCUGAAUCCUUCCUGUUUGAAAGCUUAGUUCAGUCAGAAAUUACUGUUCGUGAAAGUGAAAUUGAAUUUACUAGUCAAUUUAAAGAAGAUAAGAAGAAAGUGGAUGUAUCAUUUGAAGAAGGUAGAGGUGUGACAAUAACAGAAGUAGUUCCAGAUGACAGAGAAUCUCAGUACAUCUCUCCUACAGCGCCAGAGAGUAAAGUAGCCCUACCAAACAUAUCUGGACAUGAGAUAGCAGAGAAAUCGGAGGUAUUAACAGAACUUAGCCUUGGACCUGUUGAUGUGAGGCCUACACAGAAAAUACAGGCUGAUGUUCAGCAGAUUCCUUUUGAAGGUAUUGUUCAGUCUGAAGCAAUUAUCCGUGAGAAGGAAGACGUCUUUAAGUCAAGUAUAAAGAAAGUGUCUGCCACUGCAGAUAGGAAAUUUGAGGAAGGCAGGAGUGUUACUGUAAGUGAAAUCAUAGCAGAAGAUAAGGAAGGUGACUAUGUAAUCAUGGAAAAACCUAAACCCCAGGUAGCUGAAGCUGAAAUUGGAGUGCAACAAGUUGCUGAGAAAUCUGAAGUAUUUACGGAAGUGGCAGCGUCUGAUCUCUCAGUUGAAAAACCAAAGCAUGUACAAGCUACAGCUGAACAAUUGUUGUUUGAAAGCUUAGUUCAGUCAGAAAUUACCAUUCGGGAAAGUGAAUCUGAUUUUGUGAGUCAGCUCAGAGAAGACAAGAAGAGAGUCAACGUAUUGUUUGAAGAAGGGCAAGGUGUGGCAAUAACAGAAGUAGUGCCAGAUGACAAGGAGUCUCAGUAUGUCACUCCUGGGGCACCAGAGACUAAAGUUGCUCUGCCAAAUGUGUUUGGGCAGGAGGUUGCACAGAAAUCACAGGUGUUUCCUGAGAUGUCUCUUGGUGAAGUAAAAGUGAAGGCCCCCCAAGAACUUCAAAUCACCAUUGAUCAAGUUCCCUUUGAAAGCAUAAUACAGUCAGAAGCUUUAGUGAGUGAAAGAGAGGAGCAUUUCCAGUCUGAUUCUAAAAUGAUAUCAGCAAGUGCAAAGAGUGUGUUUAUUGAAGGUAAGAGCAUAACUGUGUCUCAGAUAGUUCCUGAGGAUAAGGAAACUGUGUGUGUUGUAGAAGACAGACCUAAGGAACAGAAGGCUGUAGUAGAUAUUCGUGGACAAGAAAUAGCUGAGAAGUCUGAAGUUGUAGCUGGUACAGGAAUACGUGAGUUUUCUGUGGGUUUGCCUAAACUUGUACAAGCUCAGCCAGAAGCUAUUCUUCAUGAAGGACUAGUACAAACAGAGGCUGCUGUUCAAGAAAAUGAACAGACAUUUGAGGGGAAAUUUGUACCUGAUUCUAGAAGUGCAGGUAUGACAUUUGAAGAAGAAAGAGGUGUUACUAUUACUGAAGUCAUUCCUGAACAUAAGGAAGCAAUAUAUACUGCACCCGAUUUUCCUGAAACCAAACUUGCCCUGCCAGAUGUAACGCCAACAGAAGUAGCACAGAAGCUUGAGAUUUGUGCAGAUAUUUCUCUAGGAGGAAUUGAUGUCAGACCAGUGCAGAAACUUCAGGUCAGCCCAAGGCAACUUCCUUUUGAAAGUUUGAUGCAGUCAGAACCAAUUAUUCGUGAAAAGGAAGGAGAAUUUACUUCUGGUGUAACUGCUGUUACAGUAACUGCAGAGAGGAGUUUUGAAGAAGAGAGAAGUUUAACAAUUAGUCAAAUUAUCACAAGUGAUAGAGAAGUGGAUUAUAUGGUAGAACAGCAGCCAAAGCAACUUAUAGCUGAGGCAUCUGUGUAUGGUACUGAAGUGGCACAGAAAUCUGAAGUCAUGACACAUGUUAGCGUAAAUGAAUUUGAUGUAACUAUCCCAAAAACUGCACAGGCUCAACCACAUUCUGUACCUUUUGAAGGAAUUUUACAAACAGAGGCUAUAGUACGAGAAAAGGAACAAGACUUUGUAGGAUUAGAACACCUGAAGGAAAGCAGCAGGUGUGCAGACAUUGCAUUUGAAGAAGGAAGUGGAAUUACCAUUACAGAAAUUUUUGAGCAACAUAAAGAAGGCCAAUAUGUAACACCUACUCUUCCAGAUUUCAAGUCAAUAAAGCCAAAUAUUGAUACAAAAGAGGUAGCUGAAAAAUCUGAAGUUCUCACUGAAAUAUGUGUUGGGGAAGUUGAAGUGAAACCAGUCAAGAAACUAAAAAUUAGUUUUGACCAAACACCAUUUGAAAGCAUUAUUCAGUCACAGGCAAUUGUUAGUGAAAAAGAAGGAGAAUUCCAUGCUGAUGUGAAAAAAGUAAUGGUAAGUGCAGAAAAAGGCUUCGAAGAGGGCAGAAGUGUUACUAUCACAGAAGUUGUUACUGAAGAUAAGGAAGCUGACUAUGUAGCUACAAAACUGCCAAAACCUCAAACUGCACAAACAGAAAUUCGUGGACAGGAGAUUGCUGAGAAAUCUGAAAUUGUCACUCAGUUUGGUACAGCUGAGUUGCAUACAGAUGUACCAACCACUGCACAGGUCUUCCCAGAAUCACUUCCUCUUCAGAGUCUUAUCCAGACUGAAGCAGUUGUUCAGGACAGAGAAAGUGACUUUGUGGAUCAAUCUAGACCAGAUUCCAAGAGUGCAGCUAUAGUAUUUGAGGAAGGACAGGUUGCAUCAGUAACACAGGUGGUUCCGGAAGAUAAAGAAAGCGAAUAUUUUGCUCCAGAGGUAAUUGAAACAAAAACUGCACAACCCAACAUCUCAGGUAAAGAAGUGGCUCAGAAGUCUGAAGUAUUGACAGAAUUAUGUCUGGGAGAAGUUGAAUUUAAAUCUGCACAGCAAGUACAGAGUAAAGUGGAACAAAUUACAUUUGAAAGUAUCAUGCAGUCAGAAGCAUUAGUUCAAGAAAAGGAACAAGAACAGGACUUGCGUCUAGAUAUAAGAUCAUCUCUGAAGAGAGCUGAGACAAGCUUCACUGAAGGAAAGAGCAUUACUGUCACACAAAUUAUUCUGGAAGAUAAGGAAGAAGACUAUUCAAUUGGAAAAAAGCCAGAAGAGUAUGCUGUUGUACCUGAAAUUGAAAGUAGGGAAAUUGCAGAGAAAUGUGUAACUCUUAGUGAAAUGAGUGUUGGAGAACUCUCCAUAGAAAAGCCCAAAUUGCUUAAGCUUCAGCCAGAUUCCAUACCUUGUGAAGGACUGUUACAAACAGAAGCUAUUGUACAGGAAAAAGAGAGAGACUUUAUUGGACACCUGAAACUAGACUCAAGGAAUGCAGAUGUUGCCUUUGAGGAAGGAAGAGGAAUUUCAGUAACAGAAGUUGUUUCAGAAGAUAAGGAAAGCCAAUACAUUGUUCCUGAAGCACCACUGAGUACAGCAACACUUUCUGAUAUAUCAAGAAAAGAAGUUUUACAUACAUCAGAAGUAAUUCCUGACACUUGUCUUGCAGAUUUCAAAACACAUCCUGCUCAGGAAAUGCAUGUUACAGUGGAACAAAUUCCAUAUGAAAGUUUGAUACAGACACAAACUGAAAUUCAGGAAAGUGAAGUAGAAUUUAGAAGAUCUACUCAAAUUACAGAAAAAAACGCUAAACCAAAGUUUGAAGAAAGAAGAAGUCUAAGUGUCCUUCAAGUGACAACACAACAGAAGGAAGGAAACAUUGAGGUUUCUGAGUUUCCAAAAUUUCAACACGCACUGCCUGAUUUGAUAAGCCAAGAAUCUGUUCAGUUAAGUGAAGUAAUUCCUGGAGUUUCUGUGGGAGAUGUUAAGCAGGAAGCUGACGUGAAAGAAAAGGCCAAAUACAGUCAGGAUCUCACUGAAGGUGUUAUUAUAUCUGAAGAACUUAUACAAGAAAAGGAACAUACUUUUGACAAGGUUUUCCAGCCUGAAACAAAAAGUGCAGAUAUUGAAUUUGAGGAACAGAGAGCUACAGCUGUAUCAGUUGUCAUAGCAGAAGAUAAAGAAGGUUUGUUUGUCUCUUCAGAAGCUCCAAAAACAGGUGUCGCCAAGCCAAAGAUACCAGUUAAAGAAGUAGCAGAGAAAGUAGAAAUUGUCACAGAACAGGACAUUGCUGAUCUAGUUAGUGAGAAACCCAUGGAAAUGCAUGCUAAGCCACAACAGCAACCAAUAGAAACUAUAUUACAAACAGAAGUACUUGUUAGGGAAAGGGAAGGAAUGUUUUAUGGUGACUCCAAACCAGAUACUCAAAAUGUUGAAGUCACAUAUGAUGAUGGGAAGAAGGGUAUCAUGGUCACCCAAGUUAUUGCUGAAGAUAAAGAGGGUAUUUAUCAAGAAAAAGAUGUUCCAAAGAAGCAAACUGCUGUGCCGCAAGUACCAGAAAAAGAAGUUAUUCAACAGUUGGAAGUCAUUCCUGGCCACACAACAGAAGAAGCUUCCCUUCACAUAAUACCCACAAAAAGUAAAGCAACAACCGAACAGUUACCAUAUGAAAGUAUCAUUCAAAGUGAGACAUCCUUGCAAGAAAGGGAGGGGAUUUUCAAGCCCACAGUGAAGCCAGAUAUAUCAAGUGCAGAGCUGAAAUUCCAAGAGGGGCAAAGCGUCAUGGUUACAGAAGUGAUAGUGCAAGAUAAAGAAGGUACAAAGAUUGUCACAAAAACUGUUAAAGAAGAGAUUGCUCACAAAGAUAUUGUAGAACAAGAGGCAGCUUUCAUGUCUGAAGUUCAUCCAGAGAAUGGAAUAGGUAGACUAGAUGUAGAUAUUCCCACCCCAAUUGUGGCAAAAGAGUCUGCUCCCCAGGCACAACACAGCAUAAUGGUCACCGAACUACAGAGCACUGGUGAGGUUGAAGCUAAGCUGCCAGACCUCAUCAAACCAUCACCAAAGAGAGUCAGCAUCUCCUUUGAAGAGGGAACCAAUGUCAUUGUAACAGAAGUGCAGCCAGAAGACAGAGAGGAGGGCCUGGACGACAAUACAUCAGCCUCUCAGACACGUCACAUCACUGCUACACAAGUGACCGACCAUAUGCCUGAGGUAAAAGUAAUUGAAACUACAACUGAGAUCCUUCAAGGUGAGUACACUAUAAAGAGUGCGGACAAAGAAUCUGCUGAUGAAGAUACCGGGGAUGUAGACACAGUCCACAAACUUGAGACACCAGUUAUAGAGCUGAAAAGCUUACCAGACCAUGGUAAGGAACAGGGCACUACUGAUGAAAUUGAAGUUAAGGAAAAGAUGGUGAAACCCAUAAUAAGAAAGAAGACGGCGUUCCCAAUUGAGGACAGUAAACCUGCAGUGGAAGACGACACAAGGGAAGAAACUGUGCCAAUAUUGGAAGAACUUGAGGAGGAAAAGGCAGAUAAGCAUCCUGAGGAUGACAGGGAGGUUGAGAAGGUUGUUGAAGGAGUGAUGGAAGACACAAGAAAAGAGAAGAAAAUGAAACGUAUUAUCAAGAGGAAAAAGAUUACUCUGGUAGAAGGGGAGAAACCGUUAGGAGAGGAUAUAAAAGAGGAAACUGCACCACUACAUGAGAAGCCAGAAGAAGAGAAAGAAAAUGAAAUCUGGGAGAGCACCAUGAUGGUUGAGAAAGCUGAGGACAGAGAGAUGGAAGAAACAACUGAUGAGAAGAAAGUGAAACGUAUAGUGAGAAGAAAGAAGGCUACACCAAAUGAAGAGGAGAAACCAUCAACAGAAGGUGCAGAGGAGGAAACUGUGACAUUGUUUCAAAAGCCUAAAGAGGAGGAGAAGCCAGAGAUUGGUGAGGGGGAGAAGGAAGGAAUUACUGAAGACAUCAAACUGAAACACAUUAUCAGGAAGAAAAAAACUAAGCCAGCUAAAGAGAAGAAACUUUCUGAGGAACCUGUAGCACCAUGUGAUAAACCAGAAGAUGAGGAGCUAUAUGAAACUCCCGAAGGGGUCAUAACAGUUGAAAAAGCUGAGGAGGAAGAGACAGAAGAAACAUCGAAAGAGAAGAAAGUGAAACGCAUACUCAGAAGGAAAAAGAUUACACCAGCUGAAGAGGAGAAACCUUCAGUGGAAGGUACAAAGCAGGAAACUGCGUCACUGACAGAAAAGCCCAAAGAUGAGGAGAACUCAGAAAUUUCUGAAGGUGAGGAGGAAGAAUUGACUGACCAGACAAAAAAGAAACGCAUUAUCAGGAAGAAAAAGACUAUGGCGCUUGAGAAGGAGAAACCUUCAGAUGAGAGUAAACAAGAAGAACCAUUGCCAGUACUGGAGAAGCCAGAGGAGCAAAAGGCAGAGGAAAUUCCUGAAACAGUCAAGGAGGCUGAAGAUGUGGAACAAGUGGAAGCAACAAAAGAAAAGAAGGUUAAGCGCAUAGUCAGGAAAAAGAAGGUGGUACCAGAAGAGGCAGAAAAACCUGUAGAGGAAGAAAUGAUUGAAGAUACCUUGCCAUUACCAGAGAAACCUGCUGAAGGAAAGGCAGAUACAGAUGAGAAAACUGACAGUCUGCCGGUAGCUAAAGAUGAGGUUCCUGCUGAAACUGUUGAUGAAACUGAACACAAAAAAGUUAAACGAAUAGUCAAAAAGAAAAAGAAAACUGUUCCAGAAGAAGAAAAGCCAAGUGGUGUGCAGGAAGAAGAAACUAUUAUAACAUCCUUGGAAAAAUCUGAGGAAGAACUGCCCGAAGAAAAGCCUGAUGUUGAAGAGGAUACUACAACAGUACCUGAGGACUCUAAGGGAAGGAGGGUAAAGAGAAUUGUAUCCAAAACAAAGAAAGGCAUUCCGAAGGAAGAGGAGAAACCAACAGAAGAUAAGGCAGAAGAGGAUGUAGCUCCUAGAAAACCAACAGAAGACAAACCUGUCAAGAAGAAGAAAGUCACUGGACUACAAAUGAUGAAAAUUGAGAGGAAAGAAAUUAAAGCUACUCAGAUGAAGGUGAUUGAUGUCAAAGAAGACAUUCCCCUAUUUGCACAGAUAAAAUUAAAGAAAGUGACACCUGUCAAGAAACGAGAAAUAAAGGGUGUGACAAUUCCAAAAGUCUUGCUUAAGAGUAACAUUAAGUUCAUUGAUUAUCCACCAGCCGAACAGAAGCCAGUCAUAACAAUUCUUGAGGUGCACUUUGACAAGGGUAUUUUGUCACGGAACUAUCAGGAAGCACUGAAAGUGCAAAAGAGAAAAGUAAAAAAAGUACGAAUCAAGGAUAAGGAAGCAACUGAGUUGGAGGAACCUGAGAAGUUCCCUGCAGAUGACACAGAAAAACCAGAACCUACUGAGAAAGUUGAUCAGCCGACAUGGCAGAGCUUGCCAAAGAAACCUACACCUGAACAACAAGAAACAAAGAAGCUUGAUUUUGGGAAAGGAAAAGUCCCAGAGCAGGAAACUCCUGUCCCAGAGGACAUCAAGUUGAAAAAGAUUCCUGAAAAACCAACACCUGGUGAAGAGGAGCAGAAGAUCAAGCCAUCGAAAAAAGAUGGGGAUGAACAAAAGAUGAAGAAGCCUAAGGAAUCUGAGAAAGAACCUUUGGCUCCUUUUGAGGGGAAGGACAUAGAAAAGCAUGAUACAGACUUAGAGCAAUAUGAGAGGGAGAGCCCAGAGAAAUCAGAUGAAGAGGCUUCCAAACCUGAGGUGAAAAAGAGACCUAAGGCAAAGAAACCAAAACCAGAGCCAGAGACCAUUCAGAUUCCACUGGAGAAGGGAAUUCCUAAGAAACCGCAGCCAGAAGAUGACAAGGAGAUCAAGCUAAGGAAGAAAAUGGGUGAACCCACCCCAGAUGAACCCGAGGGGAUUACUCUCAAACCAUUCAGAAAAGAGAAACCAGAAGAUAAAUCAGAGCAGCCAGAGAAAGAGGAAGGGAAGCCCAAAGGAGUAGACAGACCCACAGAGGAGGAAGAGGUAGAGAAGGACCAACUGCCAGACGGAAAAAGGAAGAAGAAAAUAGUGAAGAAGGUUCGGAAACCAGAGGCACCACAGGAAGAAGCAGAGAAGCCUGUAUCAGAUGUUCCUGAGGCUGAGACACAGGAAAUAGUUUCCCCCAAAGAAGACCAGCCUAGUGCAGUGACAGUUCCUGAAUCAGUGAGUGAGCCUUUAACAGCAGUAGAUGAACAACCAAAGGUUUCUGAAGAGAAGCCUGACAAAGUGGCUGCAGAUGAAGUGCCAGAACAAGAAGUAGAAAAGGACCAACUGCCAGAGGGAAAAAGGAAGAAGAAAAUAGUGAAAAAGGUUCGGAAACCGGAGGCACCACAGGAACAAGCGGAGAAGACUUCACCAGAUGUUCCUGAGGCUGAGACACAGGAAAUAGUUUCCCCCAAAGAAGACCAGCCUAGUGCAGUGACAGUUCCAGAAACAGUAAGUGAGCCUUUAACAGCAGUAGACGAACAACCAAAGGUUUCUGAAGAAGAGAAGCCUGACAAAGUGGCUGCAGAUGACGUGCCAGAACAAAAGGUUGUCAGAAAGAAAGUGAAGAUACAGAAGGUGAAGCAAGACAAAGAUGUGAAACCAGAAGAAGAGGUUCAAGAAGAAAAGAAAGAAGAGGUGGAAAAGCUGGAGGUUGUGGUGAAAGAGGUACCUGAGGAUGAGAAGGAACAUGUUACUACUGAAGAAAUGGAAGUUAAAGAGAAAAAGGUGAAACACCUAAUCAGAAAGAAGAAGACAGCUCCAAAUGAAGAAGAGAAACCUUCAGAUGAGAGUAAAGGAGAAGAAUCAUUGCCAGUACUGGAGAAGCCAGAGGAGCAAAAGGCAGAGGAAAUUCCUGAAACAGUCAAGGAGGCUGAAGAUGUGGAACAAGUGGAAGCAACAAAAGAAAAGAAGGUUAAGCGCAUAGUCAGGAAAAAGAAGGUGGUAUCAGAAGCAGCAGAAAAACCUGUAGAGGAAGAAAUGAUUGAAGAUACCUUGCCUCUACAAGAGAAACCUGCUGAAGAAAAGGCAGUGGUUGCUUCAGAUACAGAAGAGAAAACUGACAGUCUGCCGGUAGCUAAAGAUGAGGUUCCUGAAACUGUUAGUGAAACUGAACACAAAAAAGUUAAACGAAUAGUGAAAAAGAAAAAGAAAACUGUUCCAGAAGAAGAUGAAAAGCAAGUUGGUGUGGAUAAAGAGGAAACUGUUAUGCCAUCCUUGGAAAAAUCUGAGGAAGAACUGCCCGAAGAAAAGCCUGAUGUUGAAGAGGAUACUACAACAGUACCUGAGGACUCUAAGGGAAGGAGGGUAAAGAGAAUUGUAUCCAAAACAAAGAAAGGCAUUCCGAAGGAAGAGGAGAAACCAACAGAAGGCAAGGUAGAAGAGGAUGUAGCUCCUAGAAAACCAACAGAUGACAAACCUGUCAAGAAGAAGAAAGUCACUGGACUACAAAUGAUGAAAAUUGAGAGGAAAGAAAUUAAAGCUACUCAGCUGAAGGUGAUUGAUGUCAAAGAAGACAUUCCCCUAUUUGCACAGAUAAAAUUAAAGAAAGUGACACCUGUCAAGAAACGAGAAAUAAAGGGUGUGACAAUUCCCAAAGUCUUGCUUAAGAGUAACAUUAAGUUCAUUGACUAUCCCCCAGCUGAACAGAAGCCAGUCAUAACAAUUCUUGAGGUGCACUUUGACAAGGGUAUUCUGUCACGGAACUAUCAGGAAGCUCUGAAAGUGCAAAAGAGGAAAGUAAAAAAGGUACGAAUCAAGGAUAAGGAAGCAACUGAGUUGGAGGAACCUGAGAAGUUCCCUGCAGAUGACACAGAAAAACCAGAACCUACUGAGAAAGUUGAUCAGCCAGCAUGGCAGAGCUUGCCAAAGAAACCUGCACCUGAGCAACAAGAAACACAGAAGCUUGAUAUUGGGAAAGGAAAAGUCCCAGAGCAGGAAACUCCUGUCCCAGAGGACAUCAAGUUGAAAAAGAUUCCUGAAAAGCCAACACCUGGUGAAGAGGAGCAGAAGAUCAAGCCAUCGAAAAAAGAUGGGGAUGAACCACAGAUGAAGAAGCCUAAGGAAUCUGGGAAAGAACCAUUGGCUCCUUUUGAGGGGAAGGACAUAGAAAAGCAUGAUACAGACUUAGAGCAAUAUGAGAGGGAGAGCCCAGAGAAAUCAGAUGAAGAGACUUCCAAACCUGAGGUGAAAAAGAGACCUAAGGCAAAGAAACCAAAACCAGAGCCAGAGACCAUUCAGAUUCCACUGGAGAAGGGAAUUCCUAAGAAACCGCAGCCAGAAGAUGACAAGGAGAUCAAGCUAAGGAAGAAAAUGGGUGAACCCACCCCAGAUGAACCCGAGGGGAUUACUCUCAAACCAUUCAGAAAAGAGAAACCAGAAGAUAAAUCAGAGCAGCCAGAUAAAGAGGAAGGGAAGCCCAAAGGAGUAGACAGACCCACAGAGGAGGAAGAGGUAGAGAAGGACCAACUGCCAGACGGAAAAAGGAAGAAGAAAAUAGUGAAGAAGGUUCGGAAACCAGAGGCACCACAGGAAGAAGCAGAGAAGCCUGUAUCAGAUGUUCCUGAGGCUGAGACACAGGAAAUAGUUUCCCCCAAAGAAGACCAGCCUAGUGCAGUGACAGUUCCUGAAUCAGUGAGUGAGCCUUUAACAGCAGUAGACGAACAACCAAAGGUUUCUGAAGAAGAGAAGCCUGACAAAGUGGCUGCAGAUGACGUGCCAGAACAAAAGGUUGUCAGAAAGAAAGUGAAGGUACAGAAGGUGAAGCCAGAGAAAGAAGUGAAACCAGAAGAAGAGGUUCAAGAAGAAAAGAAAGAAGAGGUGGAAAAGCUGGAGGUUGUGGUGAAAGAGGUACCUGAGGAUGAGAAGGAACAUGUUACUACUGAAGAAAUGGAAGUUAAAGAGAAAAAGGUGAAACACCUAAUCAGAAAGAAGAAGUCAACUCCAAGUGAAGAAGAGAAACCUUCAGAUGAGAGUAAAGGAGAAGAAUCAUUACCAUUACUGGAGAAGCCAGAGGAGCAAAAGGCAGAGGAAAUUCCUGAAACAGUCAAGGAGGCUGAAGAUGUGGAACAAGUGGAAGCAACAAAAGAAAAGAAGGUUAAGCGCAUAGUCAGGAAAAAGAAGGUGGUACCAGAAGAGGCAGAAAAACCUGUAGAGGAAGAAAUGAUUGAAGAUACCUUGCCAUUACCAGAGAAACCUGCUGAAGGAAAGGCAGAUACAGAAGAGAAAACUGACAGUGUGCCAGUAGCUAAAGAUGUGGUUCCUGAAAUUGUUGAUGAAACUGAACACAAAAAAGUUAAACGAAUUGUCAAAAAGAAAAAGAAAACUGUUCCAGAGGAAGAUGUAAAGCCAAUUGAUGUGGAGAAAGAGGAAACUGUUAUGCCAUCCUUGGAAAAAUCUGAAGAAGAAGUGCCUGAAGAAAAGCCUGAUGUUGAAGAGGAUACUACAACAGUACCUGAGGACUCUAAGGGAAGGAGGGUAAAGAGAAUUGUAUCCAAAACAAAGAAAGGCAUUCCGAAGGAAGAGGAGAAACCAACAGAAGACAAGGCAGAAGAGGAUGUAGCUCCUAGAAAACCAACAGAAGACAAACCUGUCAAGAAGAAGAAAGUCACUGGACUACAAAUGAUGAAAAUUGAGAGGAAAGAAAUUAAAGCUACUCAGAUGAAGGUGAUUGAUGUCAAAGAAGACAUUCCCCUAUUUGCACAGAUAAAAUUAAAGAAAGUGACACCUGUCAAGAAACGAGAAAUAAAGGGUGUGACAAUUCCCAAAGUCUUGCUUAAGAGUAACAUUAAGUUCAUUGACUAUCCCCCAGCUGAACAGAAGCCAGUCAUAACAAUUCUUGAGGUGUACUUUGACAAAGGUAUUUUGUCACGGAACUACCAGGAAGCUCUGAAAGUGCAAAAGAGGAAAGUAAAAAAGGUACGAAUCAAGGAUAAGGAAGCAACUGAGUUGGAGGAACCUGAGAAGUUCCCUGCAGAUGACACAGAAAAACCAGAACAUACAGAGAAAGUUGAUCAGCCGACAUGGCAGAGCUUGCCAAAGAAACCCGCACCUGAGCAACAAGAAACACAGAAGCUUGAUAUUGGGAAAGGAAAAGUUCCAGAGCAGGAAACUCCUGUCCCAGAGGACAUCAAGUUGAAAAAGAUUCCUGAAAAGCCAACACCUGGUGAAGAGGAGCAGAAGAUCAAGCCAUCGAAAAAAGAUGGGGAUGAACCACAGAUGAAGAAGCCUAAGGAAUCUGAGAAAGAACCAUUGGUGCCUUUUGAGGGGAAGGACAUAGAAAAGCAUGAUACAGACUUAGAGCAAUAUGAGAGGGAGAGCCCAGAGAAAUCAGAUGAAGAGACUUCCAAACCUGAGGUGAAAAAGAGACCUAAGGCAAAGAAACCAAAACCAGAGCCAGAGACCAUUCAGAUUCCACUGGAGAAGGGAAUUCCUAAGAAACCGCAGCCAGAAGAUGACAAGGAGAUCAAGCUAAGGAAGAAAAUGGGUGAACCCACCCCAGAAGAACCCGAGGUGAUUACUCUCAAACCAUUCAGAAAAGAGAAACCAGAAGAUAAAUCAGAGCAGCCGGAGAAAGAGGAAGGGAAGCCCAAAGGAGUAGACAGACCCACAGAGGAGGAAGAGGUAGAGAAGGACCAACUGCCAGACGGAAAAAGGAAGAAGAAAAUAGUGAAGAAGGUUCGGAAACCAGAGGCACCACAGGAAGAAGCAGAGAAGCCUGUAUCAGAUGUUUCUGAGGCUGAGACACAGGAAAUAGUUUCCCCCAAAGAAGACCAGCCUAGUGCAGUGACAGUUCCUGAAUCAGUGAGUGAGCCUUUAACAGCAGUAGACGAACAACCAAAGGUUUCUGAAGAGAAGCCUGACAAAGUGGCUGCAGAUGAAGUGCCAGAACAAGAAGUAGAAAAGGACCAACUGCCAGAGGGAAAAAGGAAGAAGAAAAUAGUGAAGAAGGUUCGGAAACCGGAGGUACCACAGGAACAAGCGGAGAAGCCUUUACCAGAUGUUCCUGAGGCUGAGACACAGGAAAUAGUUUCCCCCAAAGAAGACCAGCCUAGUGCAGUUAUAGUUCCUGAAUCAGUGAGUGAGCCUUUAACAGCAGUAGACGAACAACCAAAGGUUUCUGAAGAAGAGAAGCCUGACAAAGUGGCUGCAGAUGACGUGCCAGAACAAAAGGUUGUCAGAAAGAAAGUGAAGAUACAGAAGGUGAAGCAAGACAAAGAUGUGAAACCAGAAGAAGAGGUUCAAGAAGAAAAGAAAGAAGAGGUGGAAAAGCUGGAGGUUGUGGUGAAAGAGGUACCUGAGGAUGAGAAGGAACAUGUUACUACUGAAGAAAUGGAAGUUAAAGAGAAAAAGGUGAAACACCUAAUCAGAAAGAAGAAGACAGCUCCAAGUGAAGAAGAGAAACCUUCAGAUGAGAGCAAAGGAGAAGAAUCAUUGCCAGUACUGGAGAAGCCAGAGGAGCAAAAGGCAGAGGAAAUUCCUGAAACAGUCAAGGAGGCUGAAGAUGUGGAACAAGUGGAAGCAACAAAAGAAAAGAAAGUGAAACGAAUUGUCAAGAAGAAGAAAUUGGUUCCAGAGGAUGUUGAAAAGUCGUUGCAGGAAGAAACAGUUAAAGACAAUUUUCCUGCACCUGAGGAAUCAAGAUUAGCAGAAGAUGAGAAAGGCCAACCAGAAGACUCACAUCUACAUUUUGCAAAUGUCGAAUCAUCUGUUGUGGGGAAAGUGACUGACAUUGUUACUCCAUCAUAUGAAACAGGUAAAUCACAAGUAACUAUGGCACUUAAAGAUUCUGUUUCUGUGAGUGAUACCAUGUCCUUAGAGUUAACUGAACAACGAGUAGCAGAUAAAAAACCAUUACCGCAGGAGGCUUUAGUAAGUAUAGGAGAAAAAGAUACUGUAUCUAUACAGGAACCUUAUGUUGAGGUAGUUCCAGCACAUUUGCCUGAGUCACCUCAGGUUUUAAGGGAAGAAGCGACACUUAAGGUAAUGAGCCAAAAAUCUGUGGCUAUAUUGGAAAUUCCUACACAUGAAACAGAGGAACCCCUCGUAUCCAGUAUACCUGAAGUAUUGCAUGCCACACCAUCAUUUCUACAACAAGGACCUUUAACUGUAACUGAAACUGGCACAUUUGAAACACAUACAGACUUUGAACAUGAGAAACAAUUAACUGAAACAGCCCAGACAACCAUCUUACCACAGGAAACACUUUCUGUAACACUUCCUGAACUGCAACACAAGGAAGAUAUUUUCAUGUCACCUGCAGUACCUGACACUGAACAUGCUAUCAGAAACAUUCCAUUGUCUGACUCUGUAACUGUAAAUGAAAUAACAUCUUUAGAAAUACCAUCAGAAUUGAGGUAUACAGUGACACAGGACAAAGAAGCAGUUACAGCACUGCUACCCACAACAGAAUCUGUGUUUGUGACAGAGAUACAACCAACUCAGACAGUGGCUGUUGAUACAAGGGUACAGAAAGUGCCAAAACCUGAAUCAGCUCAAAGAAAACUUUCAACACAGGAUACAUUACAAAUACAAGAAGUUACCACGGAACAGGUUGUUACAACAGAGCCACCUCAAGAAACACAGUAUUUGACACAGGUGCCGAAAGUCGUCCAGAAACGACAGGAGGCACUUAUAAUUACAGAAGUAAUCAAAAACACAAAGGAGGAAGAACUUGCUAACUUCACAGUAUCACAAGAACAACCUACAGUAACAGUUUCUGAAAGUGAAAGUGUGCAAAUUACUGAUAUGCAAACUGCACUAUUUACAGGUGACAUUACUGUACCAGCUCUGCCUAGGAUGGAACAGGUAAGCCCAAUAAUACCAGUGGAAAGACAGCUUCUUUUAGUGGAACAUUCACAACCUGGAAUCUUAGAAGAGGCACUUCCUGAGGAGAAAAUCACAACAGUGCAAGCUAAACUUGUGGAAAUUAGUGAUCAUAAGAAGGCAGAUGUUUCGAUAUCUGAAGUUAAAGAAGCUCCUACAUUACCAAGGAGGGAAGUUGAAAUUCAUGCACCAGAAAACGUUGAGGCUAUUCCUGAAGAAGAGAAACCAACACCUGAACAUGCAGAAGAAAUUUCACAAGAGUAUGCAGUCACUGAGAAGCCAUUGGUGUCUUUUGCUGAUGAAGAUGUCAAGAAGCAACCAACAACAAGAAAAGUCUUGAAGAAGAAAAGAGCUCCUGAGAAGCCAAAGUACGCUGAUGAAAGUGUGACUGAAGAAAUGACAACUGAAGUGCUGACUCAGGAAAAGCCUGAUACUCUAAAACCUGAGGAAGUAAAGGAUUUGCAUGAAGGAAUUGAGGUCACUGAAGUAGUAGAUAGAGUAAGCACAGGUGACGUUAGUCCAUUGGAUGUUGAAAAAGAGAAAGCAGAAGCUGUUGAGGGAACUGAAGACUCUGUAAGUAUUGUUGAGACACCAGUUAAGAAAUUAAUUACCAAGAAGAAGAAGGUCAAGUCAGUUUCAAAGAUUCCAGAAGAAAAAGUACCAGAAGAAGAAGAAAAAGUGGUGGAAAUCCCACAGGAAGAGAAGCCUGUGCCUAAAAAACCAAAGGAAAAGAAACAUCUUCCUGAAAAAGUAGAAGUGUUGAAACUCGAAAGGAAAGAAGUUAAACCUACCAAACUGAAGAUAACUGAUGUGAUGCCAAAAGAGGAAGUUCCUCUUUUCACGCAGGUGAAGCUGAGGAAAGCAAGUGUUCAAAAGAGGGAGAUUAAGGCUGUAGAGGUUCCAAAAGUAUUAUUGAAGAGCAACAUAAAGAUAAUAGACUACCCUCCAAAGGAAAAUACCCCUCUUAUAACAAUAAUAAAUGCAAGGUGUGACAAGGGGAUACUAUCAAGAAAUACACAAGAAGCUCUGAAAGUCCUCAAGAGAAAAGUGAAGAAAGUAAAGUUGCCCGGCAGAGAAAAACCAGACACAGAGGAAUUAGAGUCUUUUGAUGUUGAUCAGAAAGACAGUACUGAUAUUCCUGUGGAAGAUGAGAAGAGUACAUGGGAAAGACUCCCCAAGGCUGCAGAUACUGAGAAACCAGAAGAACCAAAGCUGGUUGUGGGAAAAGGAAAAAUCCCAGAAACAAAAGAACCAGAACAAGAGGAAAUAAAGCUUAAGAAAGUUCCUGAGAAGCCACUAGUGGAAGAGAUAACUGAAAUGAAGAAGCCUAAGAAGGAUGAGACUGAUGAAAAGGAUACAAAGAGCACACCAAAAGAGAAGGAAAUUACUUUAGCUCCCUUUAAACCUAGUGACAUAGAAGGAACUGACAUAGAUCUGGAAAAGUAUGUAAAAGAAGAGCCAGAAAAGAAAGAGAGAAGGACUCCUGAAAAGCAAAAAGUUAAAAAGCCCAAAAAAGACUCUGCAAAACCUGAACCAGAGACAGUAAAAAUACCAUUAGAAAAACAGCCUCCUAAGAAACCUUACCCUGAAGAGGAGAAGGAUAUCAAACUGAAAAAGAAGGUGGGAGAGCCAGAACCAGAGGAGCCAGAUAGUAUUACCUUGAAACCUUUUGUAAAAGAAAAACCAGAAGAAGAUUCUGAAAUUGCUAAGAAGCACAGCCUUAAACUUGAUGACAAAGAGAAACCUUAUGAAGAAGAAGAGGUAUUACCUACUGAACAUGUAAAACCUGAAUCACCAGAGAGGACAAUAAAGAAAACAAAGGUAAAGAAAACAAAACCACCUAAGCCUGUGGAAGAUGUUCUGAAAGAUGAAUCCAAAGAAGCACCUCAGCAGGAUGAACCAAUACUGGAUGAGAAACCAAAAGAAACCGAAGAAGUACCAGAAGAAGACUUCGUAAUGAAGAUAAAACCCAAAGAGCCAGAAAGGGAGGAUAUUGAAAAGGUAAUAGUCGAGAAAGAGAAGCCAGAGAAACCUGAGGCUGAAGAAAUUAAAGAAGUGACAAUAAAGAAGAAGAAACCAAAGAAACCUUCUGUAGAAGAAGUGACAGAGGAAGUCACUCUAAAGAAGGAGGUACCAGUGGAGCCAAAAGAGGAGGAAGUCACAGAGGAGGUAAUUGUAAAGGAAAAGAAGCCUAAAGAGGUAAAAGCAGAAGAGGUUCCUGAGGAAGUGAGAAUUGAACAGAAGGAACCAGAGAAACCCAAGGAAGAGGUAAGUGAAGAAAUAACAAUAAAGAGGAAGAAACCAAGGAAACCUUCUGUAGAAGAAGUGAGAGAGGAAGUCACACUAAAGAAGGUGAUACCAGUGGAGCCAAAAGAGGAGGAGGAAGUCACAGAGGAGGUAGUUGUAAAGAAAAAGAAGCCUAAAGAGGUGAAAGUAGAAGAGGUUCCUGAGAAAGUGACAAUUGAAAAGAGGGAACCAGAGAAACCCAAGGAUGAGGUAAGUGAAGAAAUAACAAUAAAGAAGAAGAAACCAAGGAAACCUUCUGUAGAAGAAGUGAGAGAGGAAGUCACACUAAAGAAGGUGAUACCGGUGGAGCCAAAAGAGGAGGAGGAAGUCACAGAGGAGGUAGUUGUAAAGAAAAAGAAGCCUAAAGAGGUGAAAGUAGAAGAGGUUCCUGAGAAAGUGAUAAUUGAAAAGAAGGAACCAGAGAAACCCAAGGAAGAGGUAAGUGAAGAAGUCACAGUAAAGAAGAAGAAACCAAGGAAACCUUCUGUAGAAGAAGUGACUGAGGAAGUCACUCUCAAGAAGGUGGUACCAGUGGAGCCAAAGGAGGAAGAGGAAGUCACAGAAGAGGUAGUUAUAAAGAAAAAGAAGCCUAAAGAGGUGAAAGUAGAAGAAGUUACUGAGGAAGAGAAAAUUGAAAAGAAGGAACCAGAGAAACCCAAGGAAGAGGUAAGUGAAGAAAUAACAAUAAAGAAGAAGAAACCAAGGAAACCUUCUGUAGAAGAAGUGACUGAGGAAGUCACUCUCAAGAAGGUGGUACCAGUGGAGCCAAAGGAGGAAGAGGAAGUCACGGAACAGGUAGUGAUAAAGAAAAAGAAGCCCAAGGAGGUGAAAGUAGAAGAGGUGACUGAGGAAGUGAAAAUUAAAAAGAAGGAACCAGAGAAACCCAAGGAUGAUGUACAUGAAGAAAUAACAAUAAAGAAGAAGAAACCAAGGAAACCUUCUGUAGAAGAAGUUGCUGAAGAAGUCACUCUAAAGAAGGUGGUACCAGUGGAGCCAAAACAAGAAGAGGAAGUCACAGAAGAGGUAGUUAUAAAGAAAAAGAAGCCUAAGGAGGUGAAAGUGGAAGAAGUUACUGAGGAAGUGAAAAUUGAAAAGAAGGAACCAGAGAAACCCAAGGAUGAUGUAAGUGAAGAAGUAACAAUAAAGAAGAAGAAACCAAGGAAACCUUCUGUAGAAGAAGUUGCUGAAGAAGUCACUCUAAAGAAGGUGGUACCAGUGGAGCCAAAGGAGGAAGAGGAAGUCACGGAACAGGUAGUGAUAAAGAAAAAGAAGCCUAAAGAGGUGAAAGUUGAAGAGAUUACUGAGGAAGUGAAAAUUAGAAAGAAGGAACCAGAGAAACCUAAGGAUGAUGUAAGUGAAGAAAUAACAAUAAAGAAGAAGAAACCAAGGAAACCUUCUGUAGAAGAAGUUGCUGAAGAAGUCACUCUAAAGAAGGUGGUACCAGUGGAGCCAAAGGAGGAAGAGGAAGUCACGGAACAGGUAGUGAUAAAGAAAAAGAAGCCUAAAGAGGUGAAAGUUGAAGAGAUUACUGAGGAAGUGAAAAUUAGAAAGAAGGAACCAGAGAAACCUAAGGAUGAUGUAAGUGAAGAAAUAACAAUAAAGAAGAAGAAACCAAGGAAACCUUCUGUAGAAGAAGUUGCUGAAGAAGUCACUCUAAAGAAGGUGGUACCAGUGGAGCCAAAACAAGAAGAGGAAGUCACAGAAGAGGUAGUUAUAAAGAAAAAGAAGCCUAAGGAGGUGAAAGUGGAAGAGGUUUCUGAGGAAGUGACAAUUAAAAGGAAGGAACCAGAAAAACCCAAGGAUGAUGUAAGUGAAGAAGUAACAAUAAAGAAGAAGAAACCAAGGAAACCUUCUGUAGAAGAAGUGAGUGAGGAAGUCACUCUGAAGAAGAUGGUACCAGUGGAGCCAAAAGAAGAAGGGGAACUCACAGAAGAGGUAGUUAUAAAGAAAAAGAAGCCUAAAGAGGUAAAAGUGGAAGAGGUUUCUGAGGAAGUGACAAUUAAAAGGAAGGAACCAGAAAAACCCAAGGAUGAUGUAAGUGAAGAAGUAACAAUAAAGAAGAAGAAACCAAGGAAACCUUCUGUAGAAGAAGUGAGUGAGAAACUCACCAUAAAGAAGGUAGUGGAAAAGAAAGCUGCAGAACCACAUGAUGAGGAAGUAGCAGAAGAAAUAACAAUUAAGAAGUUGGCACCAAAGACACCUGAGGACAGCGUGGCAGAAUUCACUGUUAAGAAGAAGGCUCCACAGAGGAAGUUGUCAAUAGAGGAGUUAGGUGAGGAAGAAAUCACUAUAAAACCAAUGCGGCCAAGACAACCAUCAUUGCCUGAAGUAACUGAAGUUACUGAUGUUGAAACAGUUACAAUUCAGCCUAGAAUCACUAAAACAAAAGAAGAAAUAGAACAAGAAUUCAAGAUUCAACUACAUACUUAUGAAGAAGAGGAUAUCUCAAUGACUAGUAAAGUCAGGUUAAAGAAACAACGACGUCCUACCUAUGCAGAAGAAGCUGGUGAGCAAACUAUUCGAAUUGUCAAAGAGAUAGAAGAUCAGAAGUCACCUGAAAUUAUAGAAGUUUUAGAGUCUCCUGAAGCUGAAGGUGUCAGUUUUGAUUUGAAGCGCAAGCCAAGUUAUACAGUUCAGGAAGCAGAAGAAGAGGAGACAGUGAUACUAACAAAACCACAUAGGGAGAGAGAAGACAUUGAAGAAAGUUUUCAGAUUUCCUUACGCAAGAAAGAUGAUUCUCGCAAAAUGUCAUACUCCAUUGAAAAUGUUGAAGAAGAGUUCAGCAUUGGUUUUCAAAAGAGGCAGCCUACUCCAGCAGGAACAUCCUUUGAAGAAGAGUCCUUGGAGCUGAAGCUGAAGCCUAAGAAGAGGCCUACAAGGAUUUCACAGGAAGAGGAUUUCACUCUCAGUAUAGUAAAGGAAACAGAAGUCUUCCAAGAAGGAGUAGAAGAGAUAUUAGUUACAGAGCUUCAAGAAGGGGAUGUGUUAUACUCAGUCAGUGCCUACGAAGCAGAAAAUGAAGAUGCAAUGAAUCUUGUUGAGGGUGAGAAGGUUUACAUCAUAGAUAUGAAUAACCCAGACUGGUGGUUUGUUAAAAAACAUCUCACAGAAGAGAAAGGAUGGGUUCCAGCUCAACUUCUAAUGGAUGAAAUUAGGUACACAACAUUUGUUCAGAAAGUAAUCCAGCAAAAAAUUGACCAGCUUCCUGUUUUUGAAAAACCUGUACAUACAGAAAAAGCUACCGCACCAAGAUUUGUUGAGAAGCUUCAACCUAAGCAUGUUCCUGAUGGAACAACAGUUGAAUUUCGGUGUCAGAUUUCUGGUAGCCCUCGUCCACAGGUUACAUGGUUUAAGCAGACAGCCAUUCUGUUGCCUUCUCAUGACUUCCAGAUGUUCUACAGUGAAGAUAAUGUGGCAACACUUGUCGUAAAAGAAAUUUUCCCAGAAGAUGCUGGCACCUAUACAUGUGUUGCAAAGAAUGCAGCAGGAUUUGCAUCUUCUUCAACAGAGCUUGUUGUAGAGGGACCAUUGUCAGACCAUGGGUCAGAUGUUGCUGUACUAUCCAGGAAAAGCCUCUCAAGGGAAUCGUCACUAGCAGACAUCCUGGAAGGAAUUCCUCCCAUGUUUACGCACAAACCAGUGCCGCUGUCUGCACCAGAGGGUUCUGAUGUGAAACUGGACUGUCAAUUAGUGGCAGUGCCUGAACCAGUUAUUACAUGGUACUUCAACAAAAAGGAAGUUGAUAAAACUGAAAAUGUUUCUGUUUCUGUCGAUUCUGAUGGUCACAUGUACUUUAGCAAAGUUUCCAUUAAAAAAGUAAAGAAAUCGCAGGAAGGUGUAUAUGAAGUCAUUGCCAGAAACACCGAAGGAGAAACAUCUAUGCCCAUAAUCCUAAAGGUAAAAACAUCAAAGAAGGAACCACCAACAGUCCUGGAACCACUGAAACCAACGGUUGUUCAUACUGGUGAUCCAGUAGUAUUACGUGCAGUCAUAACAGGCAACCCAGCACCAAAAGUCACGUGGCUCAAAGAUGGUCUUCCAGCCGAUGACCUGCCUGUUUCUCAUGAUGGAGACACUCACAGCAUUUUCUUGAAAGAUGCUGGUGAGGGAGACGCAGGGGUCUACACAGUAAGAGCAGAGAACCCCGUUGGUAGUGCAGAAAGUACAGCAUCUCUCGUAGUUGAAGAACCUGAUGAGAACAUGGAGCCACCACUUUUUACGGAAAGAUUUGAGGAAGUAAAAGUCCCUGAGAAAGGUACAUUACGUCUGGUAGCCAAGGUGACAGGGAAUCCUGUUCCAGAGAUUACGUGGCUCAGGAACAAUAGACCACUGAAACCAUCACCAAACCUAACUGUAUCAUUUGAUGGAACCACAUCUUCUUUGGAAAUUCAGAAUGUGGAUUCAGAAGUUGAUGCUGGAAACUACAAAUGUGUAGCCAAAAAUCGUGCAGGAAUCACAUCUCAUGGAGCAAGGGUUUCAGUCGAUGUUCCGGAAGUCACAUUUGUAAGGAAACUGCAGGAAAUUACUGAAGUUGAGGAACGAGAAUCUCUGGUACUGGAAUGCGAAACUUCACACACAGUGUCGACACACUGGUUCCAUGAGAAUCAUGAGCUCAGUGGAAUGGACCACCGAGUGGUGGUGCAAGAGGGCCGUAUUCAUCGUUUGCUUAUAAAGAACUGCACAUCGCGAGAUGCCGGCCUGUACCAGUGUCGGGUGAGGGAUCAAGUGACGGAGGGCCACGUUACAGUCCACGACAAAAAACCUGAGUUUUUGCGGAAGUUACAAGAUUUCGAAGUGAAAGAAAGGGAAAGUGCUAUAUUGGAAGUUGAAAUCACAUCAGAAACAGCAGAUGUAACAUGGCACAAAGAUGGUGAACAACUGACAGACACAAGUGAUAAAUUUGUAUUUGAGAAGCAAGGAACAGUACGCAAGUUACUGAUUCGAGGUGUGUCUGUCCACGAUGAAGGCGAGUACACAUGUGCGCUUGGAGAACAAGAGUGUACUGCAGAAGUCUCUGUUGUUGAACUUCCACCAGAGAUAACUACUAAGAUGCAGGAUGUGACUGUUGCGAAGGGUGAGAAAGCAACAUUUGAAAUAGAGCUAACAAAGGGAGAUGCCCUUGUCCGAUGGUUUAAAGAUGGCAAGGAGCUGCAAUUUUCUGAACAUGUGCAACUGUCCAUUGAUGGAAAGAGGCAGCGCCUGAAAGUAUACAAUUCCGAACUUAAGGAUGCAGGUGUUUAUUCUUGCGAAGUUGGUGAACAGACAUCUUCAGCACGACUAACUGUUGAAGAGCCAGCUGUGCAGUUCCUUAAGAAAUUGCCAGAUGUGACAUUAAUUCCUCUAAACUUGGAUGCUACAUUCACUGUAGAACUGUCACGAUCUGAUGUUAAUGUGAAAUGGUUGAUGAAAGGCAAAGAAAUAAAAUCAUGUGAGCGGUACCAAAUAACCUCAGAGGGAUCUGUGAAGAAAUUAGUUGUAAAGAAUGUUACCAUUGAGGAUCAAGCAGACUAUAGCUGUGUUGCUUUGAAUGUAAAAUCAACAUCAAAACUUAAAGUUGAAAUAAUUGAAACAGCACCAAGGAUUAACAUCGAAUCUCUUACAAAAGAAUAUCGAGUUAAAAAAGGAGAUGAUGUAACUAUUGAGGUGAAAUUCACUGCAGCUCCUCCACCACAGGAUGAAUGGUUCAUCAAUGGCAAACUUGUCAAAAAAUCGCCAAGGAUUAUACAAACACUGACUGAGAAUUCUGCAACUCUGACCAUUAAGAAAGCUGAAGAAACAGAUGCUGCAAGCUAUACUGUUAAAUUAUCCAACAGGCAAGGGGAAGCCUCAGCAGAGAUGACCCUCAUUCUAAUGGAGCCACCAUCAGAGCCAGGCAUCCCAGAAGUUGUUGAAGUCACUGACCAGACCAUUACGCUUCACUGGAAGCCUCCAGAAUUUGAUGGACAUUCUCCUAUUACAAACUAUGUUCUGGAAUACCAUGACAAGACUGAUUUCACAUGGAUUCAAGUAAAGGAAAUGGUUAGAGAGACAACUCACAAAGUGACACAACUUCAGACAAAUGGGGAAUACAUGUUCCGUGUGUCAGCCGAGAAUGAUAUUGGCCGUGGUGCUCCAUCACACAACACCCGUUACAUACGAGUUACUAAACCAUUAUCUGCUGAACCACCAGCAAUCCAGCAGCCACUGGAAGGGGUAGUGUGUGGCUUAAAACAGUCGAUAACUCUGUCUUGUGUUAUUGGAGGAAUACCUGAGCCAACAGUAAAGUGGAUGAAAGAUGGGAAGGUAUUCAAAAGCAAAAAUUUGACAUAUGAGAACAGGAUUGCCAAAUGCAUCAUAAGUGAGACUACAGAGACAUCAUCUGGCAUUUACACAUGUCAGGCAACAAAUACAGCUGGCUUUGCAGAAACAUCAUGUGAACUUAAAAUUCAAGAACCUCCAAAACUUGAAUUUGAUGAGAGUUUGGUAACUCAGAAAUUAAGGAUAACUAAUCAGUGGAAGAUAGAAGUUAAGUAUUCAGGCUUCCCUAAACCAGAAGUGGUAUGGACAAAGAACGGAAAAAGCCUGGCUUCUACUAAGCACUGUUCCAUCUACCAUGAUGAAAAUUCAUCAACAAUUGCAAUAUAUUCCUUAGCAAAAGUGGACACUGGAACAUACACAUUUACAGCUCGCAGUGAUGCAGGUUCUGCGAGUGUGGAUUUCAGUCUAAAAGUCAUUGACAAGCCAAGCAAACCAGAAGGGCCAAUUAUUGUAAAAGAUAUCCGAAAGGAUUCUGUGGUUCUCGAAUGGAAACCACCUGCAGAUGAUGGUGGCCUUGAGCUUUCUAAAUACUCUGUUGAAAAAUGUGAUGUUGAGAAGAUGGUGUGGAUGAAGGUUGCUGACGUAGAGAAAGAUGUCUCGUCAUAUUGUGUACAACGUUUGAGAGAAGAUUCAGAGUACAUGUUCAGAAUUAUUGCUGAGAAUCCGGUAGGAACAUCAGAGCCACUUGAGAGUGACACGGUCACCAUUAGGAGCAAAUUUGAUAAACCAUCUGCCCCAAGAGGACCGCUACAAGUCUCAGGUAUGACUGAGACAUCUUUCACUGUUGCUUGGCAAUCACCAGAAUCAGAUGGAGGUGCUCCAGUGUUGGAAUAUGUUGUAGAACGCAGAGAAGUGGGGAAGAAGGCCUGGCAGAAGGUUGGAAGCACAACAAAAGAUGUGACUCACAUUGAAGUUUCUGGACUUAAAACGAAUUCAUCGCAUAAUAUCAGGAUAACAGCUAGAAAUGAAGUUGGUCUCAGUGUACCAUUUGCUCCUGAAGAUGCAAUUACUGUUGGAAUGAGAAUAAGUGCCCCAUCUGCACCAGUUGAUCUACAUAUUACUGAUUUCACAAGCAAGAGUGUCACUCUGCAGUGGGGGCCCCCUGCCAGUACAGGUGGAACUGAACUAACAGGAUACAUAAUUGAAAAGCGACUACUGUCAUCAAAGAAGUGGAGCAAAGUUGUUACACUUGAACCAUCAGUACUACAAUACUGUAUAGAAAACCUUAAAGAUAAGGCUGAGUACUUCUUCCGUGUGUAUGCAGAAAAUGCCAUAGGACUUAGCCCACCGGCUGGCACAGAGCUGGUCUCCCUUAAAAAGCAUGCAACUGUUCCAUCACCACCUACAGCUCCACUUGAGAUACGACCCAUAGGCCCAAAUGCUGUUGUGAUUGCAUGGGGAAUCCCUGAAACUGAUGGUGGUGCACCUCUUCAGGGUUAUACUAUCGCCAUACGUGAUGUGCGAAAGACUAUGUGGAUGGAAGUUGGUCGUGUCAAAGCUGAUGUGCAUAAACUCACAAUCAAAGACCUACAGGAAAACCAUGAAUACCUCAUUCGAAUUUUUGCAAAGAAUGAAGUUGGUCCUAGUGAGCCUUUGGAAUCAGAGGAGCCAUUUAAAAUGCUGAGGCCAACAGAAAUUGACCAGCAAGAACUCGAUAAGCUGGAAACGACAGCACCGACACUUAGUUUCAGUACUGAAACCACCACAUCCUGGAUGAAAGAAGCAGGCAUGGAUGCUGACAUCCGAUCAUACGCAAGAGGUUCAUUAUUAAGAAGGGAUGAAUAUUUCUUCCGUAUUUGGUACUAUGCCCGACAGUUGUUUAAGUGAUGUGGUGUAAGGAAUCAAUUGUGAAGACAAAGACAAAUAGUGUGUAAAGUGUAUACGAAGUCGUAAGUAGAGUUGUUGAGCGUAUCUGUGCUUAAGGCACUGAUAAAACAAUAGAACUAUUUAUUUUUUUACCUUUUGUAAAGCAAUUUUGUACUGAAUUUUAUAUGAAGGCUUGGAAGCAGCACUGUGGGCAAGCACUCUACUAUCUUGCUUCCUGAUUUCCAUCAAUGAAAUAAAAAAAGUACCCUGUGCAAAGCAAAGCAGGGGGCACUGAUAGAGAGUAGAACUUGCACCUGUUGCUUCUGGCUGACUGAUUCAAGGACCAAGACUGUUGCUUUGUAUUUCUUGCAUAUUCAGUAAAUAUGUAAAUAAGGAGGCAGAGGAACUGUACAUUACUACAAAUGUUAAUAAUAAUAAUUUAUUGAAAUGAGGAUGUAAAUGUUUAUGGACAUAAAAUGUAAUUCUUAUAGGUUUUUCAUAUGUAUGUAAUUUUUAUGGACACUGUACUACACAACAAAACAAGUCUGAGAAGUGGGUCUGCUGAAGCAGGACAUUUCUGCUGUGACUUAAUAAGUGUGUAAGUAAUACAGUGUAUUAUGCUGUGAUAUACUCUUGUGUAUCAUUCAGUUUUGAAUUAUGUGAUUUCAAAUGUGUAAUUGUGUUCAAUUGGCUGCAAGUAUUUUUUACCUCUUUUAAUAUCACUGUCUAUUUCAACUGCAGUUGUAAUAACUGCUUACAAAGUAGUCUGUAAUCAUUUGGUUCAAGUAAGCGUCACUUCACCAGUAACUUAAAGGAGACAAAAUAUAGGUGCAACGACAUGAAUUUGUUACUGGUAAGAGUCAGCUUACAGAGCAAAUGAUACUUCAUGAAAGAAUCAUAUUAAAAUAUAUAUAUUUUUAAAGUUUGAAUAA